AUGAGUCACCUGCUCAUCUACUUCACCCAGGAGGCACUGUCAGCUGUGAACUUUAUCACUCAAGCACCACUUCGAGCAACUGGAUCAUAUGCAGCAGAUACCACGAUGGGGGCUAAUUCAAGUUCACCUGAGGUAAGAAAACUUUGCAAAUCAAGCCAAACAGCCUGGGCUUGUAGGAAGCCCGUUCUGAAGCUCGUUAUGCGUACUUUCAAAUGUAGGUAGAACAUGUUUGAGCAACUUGACAAAUCCACAGGUGCAGUACUUGAUUGAAAGAGUUGCCUUUCGUCUCUGCCCUUUUGGUUUGAUUCCCUUUGGUACAUAUAGCUUGAGAGCGAGUGAGAAACCUUACAAACAAUUAAACAAACCACUCUGGUAGGAGAGCUGUGAAGUAUUUAUGCAUGUAGGUGGAAUUUGUAACAACACCGAGUGGCUAUUUUUAAUCUAUUUUUCUUUCUUUCUUUAGGGCUUAGCAAAUAAUCGAAAUUUGGCAAGACCGGUACGUAUGAAAUGGGGGGAAACACCUUCAGAACAUAAGUUAGUUAUGAUGUGUGUCAGGGGAGUGGAUGUUAGGAUGAAAACGUGCCAUAAUUUCAAUCGCAAAUACACUGUAUACAUGGAUAAAUGUUGGUUGUUGUGGUGGUCCAUCAGAUCUUAUAAUUUUCAUCAUCCUGUACCAGCACACUCAGAUUCUUACUUUGUUCUUAGGAACUGUUCCAUUUUCAAAAUGUCUCUCAAUACAGAUUUAUUCCUCCUCCUUUUUGUUCCUUUCUCAAUUUGUUUCAUGGAAAUAUGGCUGUAUGUUAGUAUAUAAGGUUCUACACAGUGUUUUCUGUUUAGUGGCAUUCCAGAUUUAUCCUGAGAAUAUUAAAUUUAAAAAAAUCGGAACUGUAGGGAUGCCAGAUAGUUUGUCUCAAAUGAGAGCAGCCUUUCAUUCAGCAGGUUUUACACAUGAAAAGCAGACUAUAGCGCAACUGUAAAAAUUAUAUGGAAAAGGCCUUUUAGAAGCUUAUAUUUUUAUAUUGGGAGAUGUACUGAAUCCCCCCAAUAAUCCUCCCCAGUGCUGUAUCAAAGUUGCAAGAAUAAAAUCAAUAAAGAAUAGCAAUAAUAUGUAAAAUGGGAUACACUAAUUGGGGUGUUACUUCCUAUUGUUUAUUUGAACAAGUAUGUUUUUGUACUGAUGAACGGCUACCAGUGUUGAAAACAACUCUUUCUCUGAGAAUUGGGAGAUUCUCUAAUAGUGGUGGCUAAUCUCUGGCCCUCAGUGCUUUUUUUCUAGAAAAAUCAGUGCCGGUACUCACUGUGAGGCUGUUACAGUAAGUGCCACACUUUUUAACAACAAAAAGGAGGUGCCGGUAUUGCGUACCUUUGAGUACCCCCUAAUGAGUCCUCCAGAUAUUGGACUCCAGGUCCCAUCAUCCCCAGCCAGCAUGGUUAAUGAUGAUGUGAGUCCAGCAAUAUCUAGAAGGCUGCAGGUUCUCCAUCCCUGUAUCAGAGACUCAGGAGUGUGAUGAUAAUGCGUUGUGUAGGUUGCAACACACCUACUAUAGAUAUUACAGUGAAGAUGGACAAAAUUCAGAAUUAUUUGCGUGCCCAGCCACAGAGUCCCCCACCCGGCGUGCCUAACUACUGAGUGGGAAAUGAACGGACACAACAACUGUCUGGGAUUUAAAAUAAAUAAUAAUAAUAACAAUAAAUUUUUAUAUAUACCCCGCCCUUCCCGGUUCAAAAACCGGGCUCAGGGUGGCUAACAACAAAUGUAAAACACUUAAUUAUAAAAGCAGCAUAAAAUACAGCAUAAAACAUGAAUAACAAUAAAAUUCAAAAAUCAAUUUAGGGGAAAUAAGCAUUAGAUAAUCCCCAGGGCUAGCUGGCUGAAUUGGUCCUACUUGGGCCAGCGAGGAGGCCAGGGGAGAAUUAGCUGUGGGGUCUCAGAGCAGGUGAUCUUCAUAAAAGGGGAGGGGGAGGGAAGGGAAGGGAAAUAAAAGAUCAGGCUGAAUUCAAAUUAAAGGCCAGGUGGAAGAGCUCUGUCUUACAGGCCUGACUGAAGGAGGUUAAAUCUUGAAGGGCCCUGGUCUCAUGGGACACCAGGUUGGAGCCAUCAUUGAAAAGGCCCUGGCCCUGGUGGAGGAUAAUCUGACUUCCUUAGGGCCCGGGACCUCUUAACUAUGGUUGUUCAUGGACCUUAAAGUCCUCUGCGGGGCAUACCAGGAGAGACGGUCCCGUAGAUACGAGGGCCCUAAGCCACAAAGGGCAGCCCCGUGUAGAGCGAAUUACAGUAGUCAAGCCUGGAGGUGACCAUUGCAUGGAUCACUGUGGCCAGAUUGGGGCGGGAAAGGCUACAACUUUAUUGAUUUCAGAUGUAGGAAGCCUUAGCAUAGGUAUUGGGCAUAUAUUCCUCUCAGCCCCGCCCUAGCUGGGGGGCUGAGGCAUGACAGGGUCUAUUCGGGGAUGAAUCCAUCACAAAAUGCAGGUUUACACAGAUGGCCUCCAAAUGCCGAGGGAAGCUCUAUGGCCCGCUAGCCCUACCAAGUGGCUCUUGGGACAGAGACUCUCCACCAGACCCCUCUUACAGGGUACCCUGUUAUCGCUGCCACAGAGAACAGGGGCUGGGUGAGUCACCAUUUCACCGCACCCGAAUUGGAUGAAAGACUAUAGGAUUCCACCCAAGGCCUAAACUGCCAAAGUUGUGACUAGUGCUAAGGGGAAGGCGAAACCUGCAAAGCAGGGAAAAUUCAUUCCCGGCUCCGAAUACAGCAACUGUCAAAAGACCACAGCAAAGCCCUCCUAGCUGAAAAGGAAAUGUUAGAGCAAUAAUAAACUAUUAAUGAAAGGGUGGGUGAUGCUCCUGGCUGAUUGGAUGCUGUGCUGAGGGGUUGGCUGGGCAAAUAGAUAGAGGAUGGACCCAAGGGAAGCUUGCCUCCCUCAGGUCCACUCCCCAUCCCUCCCCCCGGGGCUGGGACAGAUUGGCUCAUUUGAAUGGAUGGGUUUGGUGGGGACCCAUGAGCAUCCGCUGCGGUCGGGGGGGGGGGGGACAGGGAAAAACAGCUAAGAUAGCGUGGUGUGUCUGGGGAAAAAGGAGGCACCGCGUCAGGCCACAACCGCCAUGCACUGGGAGCACAGUAAGCGGCCAUUCUGUACCACUUCUGUUUGCCUGAACAGCUGCUGUAAAUUCUUAAAUGAUUCUGGCCAUAUUGAAGUCCUCUGUUGUGGUGGAAAUAUCACAAUAUUCAGCAAGAAUGGGAUUAUUACUGAUAUGAGGCCUAUUGUGUUCUCCUCUGCCCUCCCAUGACCAUCUCACAAGGGGGAGAGCAUGCAUGAGUUGAUGGACGUGCCUCCCUGGACAGCUUCAUUCUUGCAGCUCCCCAAGUAUUGGGGGCUGAACAUCUCCAUUGGUGAACCUGCUCUACUCAGAAAGGGUCCCCAUGUGAUUUAGAACCCAAUUCUAAAAGAGGGGCCUGCAAAAAUAGCAAUGGGGACUUGUGAGAGUAUUGGGGGUCAGUAGGCUCAUAACUGCUUUCCCCCUUGUAUGAUUGUAAUCAUAGGGGGCAGGGGGAUUGACAGUACACCAUAAUGGAACAUCUUGGCUUAUACAGAUUGCCAAACUAAUAUUAAGCGUGUUCACAGACCCCAAGAUUCACCAUGUAUUUGUUUCGGGGUUGUUGUUUUUUUAAUCCAAUCAAUUUCUGAGUUGCUUUGAGCUCUCUCAGUUUUGAUCUGUGUUUCAGUUUUCAAGCUGAUUUGUACAAAACGAAGUUCUGUGAUUCCCCAUUCACUAUAAUGGGGAAUCUAAAAACAGCUAUAACUUUUCCUUCUUUUGGUAAAAGUGGAUGAAAUUUACUGGCACAGAGUGCAUUAAUCCAGCAAAAUUGCAGAAAGAUAGGUUCUGUGACUUUUUGUGGGGAAAGUAAAAGAUUACUUUCCCCCAUCAUGUCUUAUGGGGGUGGGGAGCAGAUGGCUGUCUCUUUCUUAUUUCAUAGCUAAUAGGAGGAUGCUGAGUGGUGUGCAUUCUUGCUUGUACAUUUGUUUAAACUUUGCAUCUUCACACCAGCCUUUUUAUGGUGGUUAUUUAUGUCCUUCAAUAGCCCUUACAUGCCUAGACCUUUACAGGCCUCUGAUAUGCAUUUUAGUGUGAGGCUGUUGAGAAUGCUGCCUGCAGAGUUCUGAAAACUUUGGAUUUGUUUGUUUGUUUAUUAAUGUAGAACAUGGGUAGGCAAACUAAGGCCUGGGGGCUGGAUCGGGCCCAAUCGCCUUCUAAAUCUGGCCCGCGGAUGGUCUGGGAAUCAGCAUGUUUUUACAUGAGCAGAAUGUGUCCUUUUAUUUCAAAUGCAUCUCUGGUUUAUUUGUGGGGCAUAGGAAUUCGUUCAUUUUUCCCCUUCAAAUUAUAGUCCAGCCCCCCACAAGGUCAGAAGGACAGUGGACUGGCCCCCUGCUGAAAAAGUUUGCUGACCCCUGGUGUAGAUUUUUCUAAAAUUAAAUUAAACUUUUGAAAAUAUCCUCUGCUGCUGUGCUUUAAAAACAAACCAACAAACUCAGAGCUCUACAGUGCUCUGUAGGCAACAUUUUGGACAACCUCAGUCUGGAAUAGCUCAUGACCUCAGAGAAACAUAGCAAUUUAUAGGGACACAUAGAUACAAGGUAUGAAAAAUUUCAGAAACAAGGUGUCAUGAGACUUUGUUUGGCCCCAAUGUAGGAGGGCUGCUGACACCAUGCUUCCACCUCAAUCCGCCCCCCCAAUUUGUUUUAUUUAACACCCACACAGAACCGAUGCACACCCCUAACUAAUAUCAUAAUACAGUGGUACCUCAGGUUACAUACGCUUCAGGUUACAGACUCUACUAACCCAGAAAUAGUGCUUCAGGUUAAGAACUUUGCUUCAGGAUGAGAACAGAAAUCGUGCUCCGGCGGCGCGGCAGCAGCAGGAGGUCCCAUUAGCUAAAGUGGUGCUUCAGGUUAAGAACAGUUUUAGGUUAAGAACGGACCUCCGGAACGAAUUACGUACUUAACCCGAGGUACCACUGUAUAGUAGUAGUAAUGCGGUUUCUUUGGGACCAGCCUGCUUCAUAUAUGAAUGUUUCCUAGGAGAUGGAACCGAUAUAGGCUUUUGGUAAGGGUAGAAAAAUAUUGGAUCCAGUCAAGUCUAAGCCUACUCCGCAUUAGAUGCCAGCCCACAUGCAAACUCUUCAAGAUGUUCUGUGAUGUGAUCUCAAAGCUGCAAGGUGCUCACUUAGAGGUACCCUGAGUGCCUUCCAUCAGCUUCAGCUGGUGGCCCAGCUAUGUCCCUAUCUGGACAGGGAUAGCCUAACUCAGGCAUAGGCAAACUCGGCCCUCCAGAUGUUUUGGGACUGGAGACUGGAGAACUGCAGGUUUCUCACCGCUGCUUUAUGCAAAGGAUGCCUCUAUGUGAAUCUUGCCUAGCCGCAAGUCUAAUCAUGGCACUUCAAGUUCUGAAGAUGCUGGAAUGGGCCUCCCAAAUUAAACAAUUGUAAUCUCCAUUCAUACCAAUGUUUUCAGCAUGCAGGUAGAUCUUAAAAGCCUUGUGGGAUCACACACGGGAAGACAUUGCCUAAGGUAACUCAGGGAUUCAACCAUGUUGGGCUUUAAAGGUCCAAUUCAGUCUCUUGUAGCGAGCCUGCAAAUCACCUGAUUUGUGUUCUUUGCAGACCUCAGAAUGUUUACUGGGCAUCUACAGCAUUGCUAUAAAUAUUUGAUAGAUUGCAUUUGCUUGAUGUUUCACAAGUUGUGCAGGCCUACCAUAAACUGAGGAAGACAUCACGUAUGGUUUUGUGGGCUUGUUUCUUCCUGGUGUACCAAUUUGCACAGAGAUGGAAGCAUGUUACUUUAAAUUAAAUAUGGUAUCAAGGCACCAUUAAGUGCUGUGGGGGCAGGAGUGCUUUUGGAUAAAUUCAAGAUUAAACUUCAAAGAAGGUUUAGUUUUAAGACCAUUUGUUGGAUUGUCUAUAUCACUUUGGAGUGGCUGGAAAAUAAACCAAGCUGCUUCUCAAAAAACUGAGAAUGACUUAGAAUUUGAAUUAGCUCAAAUCAAAUCCAAAGAAAUUUUCUUGCGGUCAUGCUGCCCACCUUUUCUGGUUGCCGUUGUUGUUGAGGUGAACGUUAUGAGUUCCCAACUGUCAUAAUUCUGAGCUUCAGCAUCUUACUUAUGUGCUGUUUUAUUUUUUGAUUAUAACCAGAAAUAGGUGUCUGGUUAUAAUUGAGGGCUGUUGUAUGCUUAGGGUUUUAUAAGAAUGACUAGUGUUUCCGGCUUCCCAAAAGCCUUGGGAAAAGAACUUCAGGACUCUCUCUCUCUCUCUCUCUCUCUCUCUCUCUCUUUCUCUCAAUUUUUCAUUGGGUUUUAUCAAACCUCUUGACUUGACAAGAUGUCACUCUAUAUAGCCAUGUUGGGUGGGAUUGAUGGGAGUUGUAGACCAAAACAUCUGGAGGGCACUUGCUUAAAGUAAUGCAAGUCUGUAUAGUGAGUGCAAAUGAUACCACUGCCUAUUCCUCAGCAAACUUACAACUGACACAAAGUGUUGUGUACAUGUUAUGUAUGGCUGCUGGGAGCCUGUAAACAGUGAGGUCAAAGGAAAAUGAAAUGCAGAAGGCAUAGAUGGUGAUGAUUAAGUUAUUAGGAGUGGCAAUCCACAGUUAACAAUGGCAAUUCAACAAGAGGCUUGAACAGUUUGUUUAAAAAUUCUUAUUGUUUUUACUCUUAUUCUUAAUCUAAUUCUACAAUGUUGUUGUUGUCGUUUUUGUUGAUGAUGAUUGGCUGUGUUAUCACCAACAACUGUUUUCUGAAUGGCCACUGUUAGUAAUGCAAUUUAUCAUCAUACAGUCAUACCUCGGGUUACAGACGCUUCAGGUUGCAUUUUUUUGGGUUACGGACUGCCGAAACCCAGAAAUACUGGAACAGGUUACUUCCGGGUUUCAGCAGUUGCGCACACGCAGAAGCGUCAAAUCUCAACCUGCGCGUGCGCAGACGCGCCGCUGCGGAUAGCGAACGCUGUGGGUUGCGAACGUGCAUCCUGCAUGGAUCAUGUUCGCAACCUGAGUGUCCACUGUACUUAAUUUUCCUCUGACCUCACUUUUUACACUCCUCCUCUCUAAACCAUAUGUGUCUCUACACACCUGAAACUCAAGCUAACAGUUACUGUAUUUGAUUAACUAGGCUCUAGACUACAAAAGAUAAAAUCAAAAUCCUUCACAGUACCACAAGACUCUGAGCUAUAUCCAAUAUUUCUUGUCCAGUAGAGCAAAAGUACUUGCACUGGCAGAUGGGUGAGUUUUAAUGUUGCACAACAGAGGGAUUGAAUGCAACACUUGCACAAGCAGGAACUCAUUCUGCCAUGUUUCACCUUCUCUUGCACAACAACAUUUUGCCAGUGGAACAAGAAUAGUGCAAAGUGACUUUAAUUUAGUGCUACAUUAGAUAGAGUCCUCCUUGUUUUUAUUGAAUAUACUAAUGCAGUUACUGCUUUAGAAAUGGAAGCUCUUUGAAAUGAUCUAUUAAAUUGCAUUUUCAGUCUGUGUUUUCACAAGGCACGGUAUAUUGUGAUUAUAAUAAUUUACAUUAUAACAAAAUAAAGUGCAAAGCAAUCUCCUACACAGAUGUUGCAUGCUUCCUUUAAGCCUGUGUAAACAUUAUAGUUCACUUUGGCUCCAGUGUUCUCUCAAUGCUAAUGUCUGAAGUCGUUUACAAAUGAUAUUGGCCACAAUCCAUAUCUAUCCCAUAGCUGCUUGAGAGAUACUAUGGCUUGAUGUGCUUUCCCUCAAGCCAGCUUCCAUCCAAUUUGGCAACUUAAGUCACAUUCAUUUAAGUCACAUUUAAAUUGCGGUUUGUACAUUUGAGAUAGCCAUUGCACAUGUGGAUUACUUUGACUGGAGCAUGCCCAGUGCUCAUGUGCACACAUGUAAGCACUUCUUUGUGGGUGUGAAUGGCCUAAAUGGAUCAUCAUAGUCAUCUUCAUUUUACUUGUUUUUUUGCAUAUGCUGCUAUCUUGCAAAGUUCAAUUAUAAAGUAGUUUUUAGUGAUUAAACUUUGAAUAACGCUUUCUGUGUGAUGCUUCCAGUUUCUUUUGGACCUAAUUUGUGGUUCAGUAUAUUUAAAUAACGAAAUAAAUGGUGAUAAAAACACAACUAUAGCAGCAUCCUGUCCACUGUAGACCAUCCAAGUCCAGGACUCCAAUGCCUUGAAACCAAAACAUUUAUUCCUAGCAAGUUCAGUCCAAUGUAUUUCUGCCUGUUGUACCAGGUUGGGGGACUAUUGAUGAGAAGCCUCUCAUUAGCUGAGGCAUGUCCAAAGUCCGUUUUGGUUUAAUCCGGCCACUGCGGCAGUUUAUUUCCUGGGGUAAAAUCCUAAAAAACUCACAAUAAGUUCAAUCCUAAAAAAAGGUUAACAACUUUGGUUGGCCCUUUGGUCAGCCCCCAUGGCCCUUCACUUCAUCAAAUCUGGCCCUCUUUGAAAAAUGUUUGGACACCACUGCUUAGCCUCUUGAAUAUCCUCUUGAAACUGUCCUAAUGCCAUUUUCUCUUUUUAAGGAAGGGGGCUUUAGUUUGUUCUCCCCCUCUCAUUGCCUUUUUAAAAAUACAAAAUAGUACAUGAAAUUGUAAAAUUCCAUAAAAGAGAAGUUUUUAUGGCAUCGCAGCAAUGUGCAGAGGUUAUUCAAGGGACAAAUAAGAGAUUAUUCAUUAUUCUUCACAAGGACAGGGCUGGGGAACCUGUGGCCUUCCAGAUGUUGCUGGACAGCAGGUCCCAUCAUUAUUUAUUAUUACCUUUUUAUUUAUUAAAUUUGUAUACCGCCCUUCAUCCAAAGAUCUCAGGGCGGCUCACAGCAUCAUCCCUGACCAUUGACUAUGAUGGCUGGGACUUGCCAGAGAAAUCCACAAAUUUGGUUUAGGUUUAAGGAUUAAAACACAAUGAACUCUUUCCUAGCUAAAAAUAAAUAAAUUGAGAAGCCGAGUAGCCUGAUUCAAAAGGGUAAAGCUGAUGGCUAGCUGCUGGAACAAACUUUUGCAAAUGUUCUGCUGAUUCAGCAGAGCUUUUCCUUUCUCCUCAGCUCAGUGUCCUGUCAAAUCCCCAGAACCCCCAGAAGAGCGCAUGGGGAGAGGAGAGGGGACGCAGAGGUGGUGUGUUCCGUUUUGCAGGUUGAGGCAAAAUGAGAGCAUGCCGCACGCCUCUGCUGCCCCCCUGCCACCAGUGCCACACCUUUCUUACCUGAAUGAAGUGCCCAUGAAGCGCUGGCUUCCAAUGAGAGCUCACAAGAGCUCACCAAAAUCUCCUGAGAUCUCAUGUGUUCUGUCACCUUAGUGAAUUUUACCCUCAGCUUUAUGUUUGAUUUUUUUUUAUAUAAAUAUUUUUAUUGUUUUCACAUUUUCCUUAACAUCCAUAUUUUAUAUCUUUUUUUACAACUUCAAUUUAACCUUCAGACCUCCUCCCUUCCCUCCACGGGUUUCUAAAAUAAUUUCCAAUUAACUGCAUGUAUUAAUAUACCAAUUCUGAAUCAAAUAUGCAAAAAUAAUAAUCUUAUAAUAAACAUUCACAAUACAAGCUCUUCACAAUUCUGCCAAUAAUUUUAAGUGCUUACAAUGGUCUUUUAAAUAAUUCAAAUAUUUACUCCAUUCUUUUUCAAAUACUUGAUCUCCUUGGUUUCUGAUCUUCCUUGUCAGUCUUGCCAUUUCUGCAUAGUUCAUUAGCUUAGUUUGCCAAUCUUCUUUUGAUGGUAGUUCUUCUUGCUUCCAUUUCUGGGCUAGUAAUAUUCUUGUUGCUGUUGUUGCAUACAUAAAUAAUUGUUUGUCUUUUCUCGGUAGCUCUUCUCCUAUUAUACCUAACAAAAAGGCUUCUGGUUUCUUAACAGAUGUAUAUUUAAACAUUUUCUUUAACUCAUUAUAGAUCAUUUCCCAGAACACCUUUACUUUAUCACAUACCCACCACAUAUGGAAAAGAGUACCUUCCUUCUUUUUUACAUUUCCAGCAAACAUUUGAACUAGUUUUAUACAUCUUUGCCAGUUUGCUUGGUAUUAAAUACCAACGAUACAUCAUUUUCAUAUAGUUUUCUUUCAACACACAGCAUGCAGUUUUCUUUAACUUUUUUUAAGCUUUAUGUUUGAUUGGCUAAACUUGCACUGGUAGUCCCUCACAUUUCCCUCACAUUUCAUAUUAGUAAUAAUAAUAGUAAUAGUCACUAUUAGUAAUAGUCACUGGCAAACAGUGCAACAGAACAUGACAGUCAUGGCUGAUUCACAUGGUGAUUUCCAAAUGGAUAGCUCUUCCCAUCAGGUUGGACAUGGUGUGGUAAUUCCGCCUUGUGAUGUCAGCAUGACACCACAGGGUUUGAAAUCCCACCAUAUCUUGCCUCGUCCCAGUUUCCUAACAAUUCCAGCAGUAUGUUGUGAAGCACCACACUAAUUCCAGCAUUGUGCUGCGAAGCAUUGCACCACAUUGAUUAUUGCGUGGGAAGUUCACCGAAUUGAAAUUCAGACCACAGAGGCAGAACAACAUAAUGAAAUUGGGCAAUUGAAGGAGGCGGAGAAUUCCUUUGUGAUUCAUCCAGUAGAGACUUCUGAGCAAAUCAGUCAGGCUCUGUGUGCUCAUGUUUCUUUGGUUUGUCUCCAUUGUGUUUUAGCACGAGCCUGGGGAAACAUAGUUUGCAGCAGCAGAUUACAUCAUCGUUGUUUGUUUAUGUUAUUAUUUAUUAAUUUGCUAUACCAGCUUUCAUCUGAGGAUCACAGGGUGGUUUACAAUAUAAAAACACAAAAAUAUCUAACUUAAUUACAAAGGCCAUAAAGGUAAAGGGGCCCCUGACCAUUAGGUCCAGUCGUGGCCAACUCUGGGGUUGUGGCGCUCAUCUCGUCUUAUUGGCCGAGGGAGCUGGUGUACAGCUUCCGGGUCAUGUGGCCAGCAUGAAUAAGCCGCUUCUGGCAAACCAGAGCAGUGCAUGGAAACGCUGUUUACCUUCCUGCCAGAGUGGUACCUAUUUAUCUACUUUCACUUUGAUGUGCUUUUGAACUGCUAGGUUGGCAGGAGCAGGGACCGAGCAACGGGAGCUCACCCCGUUGCGGGCAUUUGAACCACCAACCUUCUGAUCGGCAAGCCCUAGCCUCUGUGGUUUAACCCACAGCACCACCCAUGUCCCCUUUAAAAGGCCAUAGAUUGUUAAAUUACCCAAAGGCCUGAAAGAAGAGGAAUGUUUUUGCCUGGCGCCUAAAGAUAUUGCACGAAGGUGCUAGGCGAGCCUCCCUAGGGAGGGCAUUCCAUAUCAGGAAGUCACUAUUGAAAAGACCCAUUCUUGUUGUGCCACCCUCCAGACCUCUCAUGGAGGAGGGACCUGAAGAAAGGCCUCAGAUGAUGAUUGCAGGGUCCGGGUAAGUUCAUAAGGAGAGAGGUGGUCAUUGAGGUAUUGCGGUCCUGAGCCAUUUAAGGCUUUAUAGGUCAAAACCAGCACUUACAAUUGGGCCCCUGCUCUUCCCAGGCACAUCUCCCCUCAAGAAAAAAACAACAGUAACAAAACCCCACAUAUUUUUUUUAAAAUACACACAGAGUUAAAACAAUUGUAGCAGCGAAGCUGCCAGAUGCACAGAUAUGAACUUGUGCAGCAAGGAACAAGCUGUUUUGCUUGUUGUCACUGAUAGACUUGUUUUACUUUUAAUGAGUCCAGGAGGCUGGAGCCAGAGUCAGGGCUGUAGCAGCAGCUGAGUCAGGAAGAUUUCUGGAGCCCAGUGAGCUCAGUGAGGAGCUAUUAACCCUGCAAAAGCACAGAGGAGUCGGAGACUCAUAUAUCCAGCUCCUUCUCUACCUGCUCUUAUGCUGAGUCAUUGUUUGCAGCAGGUCCUCCCUUCUCUACCUUCCCCAAGUGUGUGUGUGUGUGUGUGUGUGGAGAUCCCUACUUUGGGAAGUGAUGCAGAGGGCUCACUAUCAAAGAUUGGCUCCCAGUACGUUUCCGAGCGCAAUUCAAAGUGUUGGUGCUGACCUUUAAAGCCCUAAACGGCCUCAAUCCAGUAUACCUGAAGGAGUGUCUCCACCUCCAUCAUUCUGCCCAGACACUGAGGUCCAGCGCCGAGGGCCUUCUGGCGGUUCCCUCGCUGAGAGAAGCCAAGUUAUAGGGAACCAGGCAGAGGGCCUUCUCAGUAGUGGCGCCCGCCCUGUGGAACGCCCUCCCACCAGAUGUCAAAGAGAACAAUAACUACCAAACUUUUAGAAGACAUCUAAAGGCAGCCCUGUUUAGGGAAGCUUUUAAUGUUUAAUAGGUUAUUGUAUUUUAGUGUUUUGUUGGAAGCCGCCCAGAGUGGCUGGGGAAACCCAGCCAGAUGGGUGGGGUAUACAUAAUAAAUUAUUAUUAUUAUUGUUAUUAUUAUUAUUGUUGUUGUUGUUAUUAUUAUUAUUAUUAAAGAGGAGAGGUCUCAUAAGGACUCUCCUUGGCUAGAAAUGACACUCAGAGAAAUGUUUCCUGUUUGGGGUUGUGAGGCUUGACUCUAAUAAAUUUUUGCUUAUUUGUUUCUCUAACUCUUUAACACUUUUUUCUAAAAUAUGCAAUACAAACAGGGCAGGUGUUUUGUGAAGUACUGCAUUGCAUCAGUGAGAAAUCACCAAAUUGCAGAAGCAAAACUUUUCCCCAUUUUAUGCUAUGUCAUUCAUUUCCCAUCCUAUUUGUAUAUAUGCAUGUUAAUGGGCACCCUCAAAUCCCCAUGUCCAUUCAUUUAUUGUUGCUUUUUUUAUAUCAGCACAAAGAAGAAACUCCUUUCAGACUCCUCACAAUAAGAAUACUGAGAGCCAGGAAUAUCCAGAAGGCAGAUAUUUGUGAGUAUCUCUUUUUUUCUCCCCCUUCUUCCCAGCACAUCUUUCUAAAGACACUCUUUUCUUGUCAUCUCACACCCAGUUACCCUGGCAAUCUUUCUGUCUGCCCAGGCCCAAGAUUCCUCUUAGAUGGGCAAAUUAUUUAUUUAUUUAUUUAUUUAUUUAUUUAUUUAUACCCCGCCCAUCUGGCUGGGUUUCCCCAGCCACUCUGGGUGGCUCCCAACAGAUUAAAAACCUUUUGUCAUGUUAAUGCCUCUAUCCCAGGUGAGGUUUGGAAAGGAAGCUUAGCUUGUAUUUUUCCACUGGCCUGCAAUCUUUGCUUCAGUACUCCAGAUAAUGAAAAUUUUACCAUUUAUUAAUUUCUAGGGUUUUUGGGGUCCCCAAAAUGUAUAACACUAUUGUUGAAGUUGCUACUGCUUUGGUAAAUUGAGCAUUCAGUCUUCAUGCAAUGUCUGCAAAGGGUUCCCUUAUUUCUAGAGUGGGUCUAUCGGCAAGAGAAGACUUGUCAUGAUCCCUCAAGAUCCUGCUGGCAUCUAUAUGAUGAAGGAGGAACAUGGACUGAGUCAAGAUAGACCACCAGGGUCAUCUGAAAGAUACUUUCUACUUGACCUUACACAGGGGUAGAAUUCUGCCCACACUGCCACUUCCCUUACAAAGCUUGCACAGUGGCAGCUUCUCACCAAAAUCUUAUGAGAUUCUGUGCACACCGUGAGGCCUCGUGAGGUUUUGGUGAGAUCCCACCAGAAGUUGCUGCUGCCUCUACUCCUACUCCACCAAUGGAGGGAGCAGUGGGUUGGAAUUUAGUGAAUAGGAAGUCCAUGAUGCUUCAUUUUCUUCUUCUUCUUCCAAAAUCAGGAUUUGUAUUUGACACCAAAGUGCUUCAGAACAAAUCAAGCUGUUGUCUGAAGUACCAAAUCAGGUUGUGAACUGAAUCUUGUGGUUGGUGCACACCCCAGUUCCAUACAACAGUUAUCGUUGCAAAAGAAAUCCACACUGUCCACCAGAUUCCAUGAACCUUCAAAUGACAAUUCUCAUCCAUCCUUUCUGAAUAAUGUUUGAUUGUCAAGGGAGUCCUUUAAAAACAACUCCAUUGAAACAAAACAAAACCUAAAUAUAUGAAGCCCCAUGGAAAAAGCAUCCUUAGUUUUAAUGGCUCCCCACCACCCGAUCCUCAAAAUAUGGUUCCUUAUGGAAAGGUUUGUCUUCUAGGGUUAUAUGUAGAAAACAAGUUAUUUCUGGUUACAUUGCAAAUGUUUGGCCCCGGUUAUCUCUGUGACUUCCUUUCAUUUUAGACACCUGGGGCAGACAGAUAUGUUGUCCGACAGGCAGAAUACUUCAUAGCUAUUAGGAACAUGAUACAGUACGUGCCCCAGUGACUCCACCACACUUUGUUUCCUGCUUAUAGGAAUAAGUCAAGUAAUGACUUAUUAAUUGUAACAAUGAGUCAAUUGUCACUCUGUGGCAUUACAGAAACAUAAAACAUCUUAACAUUGCUGUUUCAUAUACUGUUACACGGGGAUGGCAGUUGUGUCAUUUGGCAGCAACACAGGAUCCAAAGGCAACGUUUGAUUUCCUAAUCCUGCCACCCACAGGGAGAAGGAGAAGGUGGUCUGCUUUGACCAAUGGUUUCACUAUGCUCAAAUAUUGAGUUUUCAUCCUCUAGUCCCACAUUCCUGCUCCUCCUUGCUUCACGGGAUAAAGCCUUCUAUCCUUCACCCCACUUUUGGACUUCAAUGGUCAUGCUCACAUGUCAUAAUGACUAAGCCCAGUUUUCUGGUUCAUUGCGGUUCUUCUUGUGUGACAGCAGCGUGCUGCUACAUGCUCCGUGAUCAUUCCCAUUUUGCUGCUCACCAGGAAUGAAUGGGAGAAACAAAUUAGGAAACCACAAAUAAGCUUGGCUUCCUGUUUCCUCACAUCUGAAUGCUCCCCCCUUCCCAAUAAGCCAAUUUGUUAUUGUCUUAUGGCAGCCUUUCCCAGCCUGGAGCCCUCCAGUUAACUUAAGGAAGUUCAUGGAAGAAAAGUUUCUCAUCCCUUUCCUCCCUCCCUCCCACCAGCUUCUUGUGCUCCAGCCUGCAUUGUUUAUGAAGGCCCACAACCCACCAGAGGAUUUUAGGGGCACAGCUGGCCAUGGGGUAAGGCAGGUGGAGGCAAGAGGAUUAUUUCCUUCUCUGAGCUUUCUUGUUUUUGGAUCCAUGCUGAUGAGCAUUAAGUGGGAUAGAAGGGUGGGGAUGUGGCUUUUUUAAUUAACACCCAAGGUAUUACAUAUUCAAGACAAUGCUAAACGAGUGUGACUCCUUUGAAGAUUGCAGCCGCCAAGUGAUUCAUUACUGUUGACUUACAUUGCUACAUGGCAAUUAAUUACCAGUCACUGGACACAUACGAGUUCAACACUCUGCAAAAUGUCUUUUCUUGUACAUGUAAAAAUGCAAAGCUCUUAAGUGCUGGCUAGUGAUGACAAAAUGAUAUGCUUAUUAGGAAAGAGGUGAUGUAAUAGGAAGCUGCAAUUAUGUAAGAGAGAGACCUAAAGAUUGAGACAAAUGGUACAGGUGGAUUCUUUCAAGCCCUUUAUGAACAGGUAUUUUUAAACCUUUGGCAAAAAGUAGAUAAUACAGAUUGUAUAUAAUAUCUAUAUAAACAGUAUAUAUUAUUUACUGUAUAUAAUAAUAUUUAAGGACACUGGAAUUUUGGCUAGUUUGGACAUUAUUGUUGCAUGCCACCCCAAUCUUUGUGUGGUGUGAGAUUACCCAAGGUUUGGUUUCUUCAGAAUAAUGGACAGCGGUGACUGUGGUGUCUUUAUGAUAUAUGGUUUAUUUACACAUAUAUACAACCUGAACCUAUGAUGGAGGGGCUCACAGCCUUAAUACCCCAGGAGGCCUUGAUUCUCUCUGUCAGGGGUGCUUCUCAGCCAAAGGAAUACAUAAGGCAGAUAGUUAAAUAUCUGUUGUCAAAGAUAACACAGUCACUUCUACAGCUCUGGAUAUCUACACACACCAACAGUAGUAGUAGUAGUAGUAGUAGUAGUAGUAGUAGUAGUAAUAAUAAUAAUAAUAAUAACAAUAAAUUAUUUAUAUCCCGCCCUCCCCAGCCAAAGCUGGGCUCAGAGCUACAGUGGUGUAGCAUGGGGAUGGCACAAGGGCAGUUGUCUCAGGCUCAAAAUUAUUAGGGCCACAAAAUUUCAACACCCAGAGCUGCCUCAAUACAGCUGUGCACUUCUGAUGCCGGGCUCUGUUGAAAGCUGCUUUUCCAGGAAGUGGCCUUUCCAGUCAAUGGAAUGACUCUUAUUUUCUCAUCUCUGUUGCUGCGAUCUCCCGGGUGAUGUGGAUGCUGUUAGACAGUUGAAUGUGCAUGCUAACUUCCUCCAUUUCCCUCCCUCCUACUCUUUCCUCUGCACAGCCCUGGACACUGGCAACCCACGCUAUGCUACUGAAUGGUUAGGCAGCUAUUUCCAGGUCUGUGCUCUAUGGAGCAGUUGUGGAAACAGGGCCAGCCCUCCCCACCUCCCUGCCAAUGGGCUGUGUGCAUGCAGCCCAUGAUGGUGCCUGCUUGGAAACUUCCUUUGCACAUCCCUUUUCAGUUCCUUCCUAAUUCUGGGAGACAGUGGUGCAGGGGAGGGUGGGGAAGCACCUAGCCCUUCACUUGCCUGGCCUGCCUUUUCCUCCUCUUCCUCUAGCCCUGAAGCUUGCCUCCUGCCUCUGAUUCUUGCCUCCUGGCUGGUACCGGUCCCCACCAAACACUACUCCCCAUCCCCUGAGUCAGACUCCAGCACCCUUCCCUAUUGUCCUCACAGACCUACAAUUCCCUAAGUUGUUUAACAGACAGUCCCUCCUCCCAGGAAACUGUAGCUCUGGGAGGGGAAUAUGGGUCUCUUAACAAACUCUACUUUUUUUGGGGGGGGGGGAACCAUGACUGGUUAAAGUGGUAUGAUACUGCUGUAAAUUUAUAAUGCAAACGAGGCCUUAGUAAUGCCCUAUCUGUGUCAGCGUUGAAGGACUCCUAUAUAAUUUAUCAUCUUAUUCUACAGUUACUGAAUCUGAUUGCUACGUGUGUCUAUCCUUGCCAACUGCUACAAGUGAAAAAGUCCGGACCAUAACUGUUUCCAACAGUAAAAAUCCAGUGUGGAAUCAAUCCUUUUGCUACAGGAUUGACAGCCGUGUAAAGGUGAGACCAUGUGUAUUUUUCCCCAUGUUGGUCAUUCUCAUUAGGUUCUGUUAACAAAUGAAUCUUAUAUACUAUUCCCAAACUCAUUCUCUGAGUCUGGGACAACAUCUGCAUGCAAGAGGGAAGUGGCAGUGGGUUUGGAGGAACUCAAAGGGUUGCAGAAACCCCAAAAUAUAUUUAGUGAAAAAACCUAUGUGUGUGUGUGGGGACGGAUGGACAGGGAACCCACCACAAAACAGUGUAGUAAAGACUGAUCAUGCUCAGCAGACAUGGAAUACCAACUGUCAGGUGGGGGGUUGAGAAAAUUGGGCUAGAGGGGUAAUGGAAUGGAAUGGAAUAUCCUGGAAGAAAGCAGAGCUGGUUGGCUGGAAGCCUGAGCAGGAGCCGUCCACACUGCAACAUCUCACAAGGGAACCAAAUGGAUUCCACCCUGAAUGAGCAUAGUGACCCAAAGCAUUAAAAAUAAUAAUAAUAAUUUAAGCAGUAUGCAGGCAAAAUGUGGCCAUUUACCUUUAGUAUUCCCCCCACAUAAGAUGAACUCCCAAAGUGUGCAACACUGCUGAUUAAAAUUAAGAAUUUCAUUCAUUUUUUCAAGUUUACAUUUAUAAAUGCUUUUAAACAAAACUAAAAUAAGCUUACAGACUGUCUUACAAUAGCAAUCUUCACAAGGCAGUUUACAGAGCGAAAUAAAAGCAAAUGCAUUGUUAAAACAAUAUAAAAGCACAGCUGAAAAUUAUAUAAAACAAUAGAAAAAUAGCAGUCUCCAAAAUUUCUUUACCUGCUUCUGAAAAGAGAGCAGCAAAGAACAUAAGUGAAUUUCUCCAUGGGAAUGAGUUGCCCCAGAUAGAGAUCAAAUUUACCUCCCAAAUGGAUGAUAUUUGGAGUUGACAUGGGGGAGAGGCCUAUAAGUUUUAGGAGUGAGGAACCAGAAGGAUAGGCUGUUUUAUUUACAUAUCCCUCAUGGACCUAAAGAAACAGAACUUGCAUAUGCUAGCCUGCAUAGUUCAUUUGUCAUUUCUUUGAAACUCACAAUACAGUUUUCUAAAAAGAAUUAUUAUCACAAUGUGUUUCUAUUACUAGAAUAUUCUGGAGCUAAAAGUCUGUGAUGAAGAUACAUUCACCAAAGAUGACCACCUUUUCACAGUUCUCUUUGAUGUCGGUAAACUGCAAACUGGGCGAACUAGUCGUGUGAACUUCAACUUGAAUCCAGCGGUGAGUGGUGAAGUUACACUGAGAAAUAUACAGUGAAACAACUGCAUGCCUGUGACAUAUUGGCUCAGUUUCCAUGGAGCACUAAGUCAAACUGUUGCUUAAAGGACAUUACUCUUGCUUUGCUCAGCUUCUAGUUCUGCAGUUGCAGUGAGCUAAGCCAUGGCUCGUGGUUUAUCUCCUCAAGACAAACCAAGGGAUGUAGCCCUCCAACAAACUUUGUGGUUUGUCUGGAGUGAGUCAAACCAUAAUCCUGGGUUCAGAUGAUGUGCUAUGCCAACCAUGGUUUAGGUCUCUGCAUUGUAGAAGCAGCAGGACCAGAUGAGAGAGCAAAGCAGAUGGAUUUUCCUAUCUGGGAGCCUAGAUGCUUACAUGCAUUCAUGUAAUUAUUGCAUUAUUGCAUUAUUGAACUUCACCCUUCAUUAGAUACUCGCUUUAUUGCAUUUUGAUUAAUGUGUGGAUUUUUAAAUAACAUUUCCAGGGCACCCAGGCUGAUAUGAUAAUGACCAAAAGUGUGAACCUCUCAGCAAUUUUGGCACUCAGAAUCUAAGUUUUGUCAACAUUUGGUCAUUUGUGUGCGUUUUAAAGAGUAAACCUGUUUGCUGAUUUUGCUCAUGUAUAAUGUUGAUAGCCAAAUUAUUGCUUAAAUGGCUUUUCAAAAUUAAACUCUUUUCAAAGUUUAAAUUACAAUUGGGCUGAAAAGAACAUAGAAGUUCUUGAAAAUCAUGGAGCUUGUCAGUGGGGGAAAAUGAAAAUCCAAUAUAUUCAUGGUUGUCUAGUUAAUUUAUUUUUAUUAUUAAUUAUGGAACUAUAAAAUAAGUCACUAAAGCUUAAUUGUAUUAGAAUCCUUUAGAGUGAGUAUGGUAAACAAAAUAAUAUUGUGUUUCAUAUUGUUACAAACAAGAGAUGUACUUGCUACUUUACUUCACUGCUUUUAGAAUCAACUUUUUCAAGAACACAUUUUCUGGAGCUGAAGGAAUAAUUGAAUUAUGUUCAGAUACACAAGUGUAACUUUCCAAAUGUAAACUUACAUUAGCUCAGCUCAUACGUAAGGGAAAGCAAUGGUCUACUGCUAUGUUUAUACGUCUACUUAAUCCCCCUCUUAACUUAUUUUGUGUACCAGAGGAGAUUGGAAUACAUUGUUCCUGAUUUAGAAGAACUUGGUAUUCCUUGUGACAUCUGAACUCUGGGAACUGUGGAUUGUUUAAACCAUGGCUUGAGAACAUUCAGAUCCUGGUUUAAUUUCACUAACCAUAAUUUAAACAAAUCAAAGUCCCCCAAGUUUGAAUGUCAUGGGGAAUACUAGGUUGUUUAAAAUUGGAAAUGGAAGCUUCCUGUCUCCUCAUGGGUCUGAAAGGAGAGGAGAACUAGUGGGACUGUUUUCAGGAAGGAACUAAGGUUGUAGCAUGCAAACAGUGUCUACAUUGAUACUGAAAUACUGUGAACACAUAAAAUGAUACUUAUGAUAAUGAGGCAUAAUCAUUACUUGACUCUACAAGCUGGGAGAAGGGUAAAGUGCCAAAAAUAAAAAAUUAUCAUUGGAUAUGUAGAAAAGGAGAUUUUGUAUAGGGAGGAGUCAUUCUUUUUCCUAUUUUUUUUAGACACAGGAAGAGUUGGAGGUAGAGUUCACAUUACAGCCCAUGUGAGUACAACUCUUAAUAUUGCAAAGACUAUAAUUUAUGUGCAGAAUCACAUCACUGCGGCUAUAAGAGGCAAUUAUAAUUUAACUUGUGUGUUUGUGUGUAACACAGAUGUUGGGGAGACUGUGGUUUUAAUGGUCGAUUAGCAGGGCUUCUGCAAACACAUUUCUUGCGUGGCUUAGGAAUCUGUUACUUGCUGGUGUGUUUGCCUUGGUGAGAGAAAUUAGCUGUGCUGAGAUUAGUCAAUGAAACCGAAAAGAGGCUCAUUUUUUUUACCAUCAGCAUUUGAGCUGAAUUAUGAGCAUACAAUAUACAAAGCAAAGCAAAAAAAAAAAAAAAAGUCUAGCCAAUUCAAAAUAUGGCAGGUUUCAAAAAUGCAAAUUCAAAAGCAUUUCUUCCAUGCUAAUGAAAUCUGGUGUAAUUAUGUGGUAGCACUUUGAGGGGAAGUGUGUGGGAGAAGCCCUCUUGCACUUGUAAGAGCUUUGCACUGGCUUCCAUUAGCAGAAUAGCUUAGUUGAAUCUGGUCCCGAGAUUUUUAUUUUUUAUACUAAAAUUAUACUAACAUUAACAUUAUACUAAUGUUAUCCACUGAAAGAGUGGCUGUGAAACUGUACAUUGGUUCUGUGGUGGCCUCAGUCUUUGGCCCUCUGUGUGUUCCAACCCUGUUUGGAUUAGUAUAUUCACUAUCAGGUAUCAUUCUUCAGGCUGAAAAACUGGCUGCAUAAUGGUGUCUUAUUUCCUUAUAGCAUUUUUAUCCCAGAAACAGGUGAAACACAUAAAACCUGAACCCAUUUAUACUCUGCUUAUGUUUUACUCUUUGUGUCUUAAAAAUGCCUGGAAGGGAACUCACCUGGAAAUAUUUUAAAUUGUGUGUCUUUGUUUAUUAAAAAUGGCACUAACUGCAAAUGACCUUAGUCCCAGGAGCUUUGGGAGAUGGAGUGCAUGCGUCUAAGAGAUGCUCCAAAUAUGUUCAAAUAAUGUGGGAGAAGUGUGCAAGCGGAGUGCAGCACACUAUGUGUACCUCUCCUGGAUCUGCUUCACUACCUAUAUGGGUUGGGAAAAUGUGAAUCAUUAACCUCACUUGUACACCAUGCAGUGAACGAAGUAGUCAGGUGAGCAGCAAUUGCCAAUAGUUUUCCAUUUUCCAUGGAAUAGUGAUUCAUCAUGUUUGAAGUGGCUCUAAGAUUUGACGCUGGUCCUUCUGAAAGGACAAGGGCAUGUGAUUUCAGAAUUUUUUCUGACCAUGUCUUUAUACAUGUUUUCAAAAUGCAAGGAGGCCUGACCAUUUUAGAUGGGGAAGAUAAAUCAAGGAGGUGUCAGUGGGGGGCUCAGGUGGGGUGACACUGGCGCUUCACAUCUCAGCAAGGCAUUGGCCUGGCCACAGAGGGUCCAGGCAGGCAGUUGCUGCCAGCAGCAGGAGUUUGAAUGGCAUGGCAGCGACUGGUCAGGGGUGUGCUCAUUUUGUCAGCUUAAGCAGUGCAGCCUCAGGCAGACAAGGCAGGGGGAGUUCGUUCUGCUGCCCUUGCUUAUCUGCCACUGGAGACAAGUACAGUGGUACCUCGGGUUAAGAACUUAAUUCAUUCCAGAGGUCUGUUCUUAACCUGAAACUGUUCUUAAUCUGAGGUACCAUUUUAGCUAAUGGGGCCUCCUGCUGCCACCACGCCGCUGGCGUGCAAUUUCUGUUCUCAUCCUGAGGUAAAGUUCUUAACCCGAGGUGCUAUUUCUGGGUUAGCAAAGUCUGUAACCUGAAGCGUCUGUAACCUGAGGUACCACUGUAGUUCAGUGUGGUUCAUGAGCGCUAAACAUCACUUGAAACAUCUCAUCGUGGAAUCAUAGAGUUGGAAGGAAUCACUAACUCUUAAGCAGAUGGCAUUAUUUUAACUUUGGUUUAAUAAUUUCUAUAGGAACAACUUUCAGUUUGUAUGCCAUGCCAUUUUUCUGGGAAUUUUAUGUGUGGAUUUGUAAAGGGGAACUUCUUGUUCCAAGUACAGUCAGCUCGCUCUCGCUCUCUCUCUCUCUCUCUCUCUCUCUCUCUCUCCACACUCCCAUCACCUGGCAUUGGAAAUUACCUUUACAUUUGGUAUUACAUAUAUGGCAUCACAACCAUAACAAAAUCGAUUGAUUCAAUAGUUAACAUUAAUUUUUUAUUUUACUUAACAAAAUACGUAUACCACUUACUCGAACAAAAUGCCUCUGAGUGCUUUACAAGACAGUACCAAUAAGAUACAAACAUUAAAAACAAGAUACACAAAAAUAAAAUAUAACAAAUAAAAUGAGUCAUUUAAAAACAUUUACACCUAAUAAAAUCGCAUGUCAACAUGAAAUGCCUGUGUAGAAUUGCUGGUACCAAAAAAUGGUGAAAUUUUGAAUUUAACAACAGUUGUUGGUGUGUCUGUGUACAUUACAGCAUUGCAGCUGCGCUUCUUUCUGUUACUACGAGACAUCAGUAUUUGCUAUUGGUGUUACGUGAUCCAUGAACAAAAUUUGCGAUGGGUGAACUCUGUUCAGCUCAAUUUGUAUAUUCCAACACAUCUUAUUUUUCUGGGCCCAGUACCAAUACAGUGGUACCUCUAGAUACGAACUGGAUCUGUUCCGGAGCCCUGUUCGCAUCUAGAAGCAAACGUAACUAGUGACGGCACGUCUGCGCACGUCGCUUUUUGCUGCUUCUGCGCAUGCGUGCGAUGUCAUUUUGAGCGUCUGCGCAUGCGCAAGCGGCGAAACCCGGAAGUAACGCGCUCCGUUACUUCCGGGUUGCCACGGAGCGCAACUCGAAUGCACUCAACUCGAAGCGUAUUCAACCCGAGGUAUGACUGUAUGUGGAAGUUGUGCUGCAGUUCUGAUAACAUCAUGGGGAGUGUGAAUGGGUCAAAAUGCCAUUUCCUUCUCCCACACCUGUAAAUUCCUGAAUUCUGCCCCUUUCCUUUGCAAUGGGAGCAAUGGCCAUUCCUUCCUGAUGCCUGGGACACUGGAAUGGCAGCACCAGGGAUUCUGUAGGGAUGUCCAGGAGCCCUGGAAACCACAAGGCCCAAGGCACUUGGGUUUCUGUCAUGAGCAUGUUCAGUGGCAUCUCAGACUCCUGAUAUCUCUACUGAGUAGUUAUUGUUGUGGCACACAUGUUCAGAAGUUUACUGAGCCAGAGAAGAACUGUGGGGGACAAAGUGCUCAGUUCACAAGCUGAGUGCUUCAAGCUGGGAAGCAUCAUGUUGUGAAGCAGGUAUGUAGGAACUUCAUGCUCGAGCCAGAUGCCAUGAUUCCUCCGACCACUUGGAGCAGCUGUACACAGGGGGUGGCGCUGUGGUCUAAACCACUGAGCCUCUUGGGUUUGCCAAUCAGAACGUCAGCAGUUCAAAUCUGUGCGACGGAAUGAGCUCCCAUUGCUCUGUCCUAGCUCCUGCCAACCUAGCAGUUUGAAGGCACACCAGUGCAAACAGAUAAAUAGGUACCGCAGUGGCAGGAAGGUAAACGGUGUUUCUGUGUGCUCUGGCUUCUGUCACGGUGUUCUUUUGUGCCAGAAAUGGUUUAGUCAUGCUGGCCACAUGACCCGGAAAGCUGUCUGUGGACAAACGCCAUGUCCCUCGGCCUGAAAGUGAGAUGAGCGCCACAACCCCAUAGUCGCCUUUGACUGGACUUAACCGUCCAGGGGUCCUUUACCUUUUUACACAGGGGUGAGUCAAGGGAAUGCUUUUGCUAUCCUCCACUGAGUCUCCACAUGGAGGCCAGAUUUACCUAAAGGAGGCAACUGAUGCCCCAGCAGGCAGGGACUGAGGAGGUAAGUUCUUCCUCUUCUUUCUUAAGUUACUCCAUUGGUAUGUUUUUGUUUUCCUGUAUUGCUUUGUCGUGUUUCACAAGUGACAGCAUUUUUUCCUCUUGUUUGUUCAUAGGGUCCAAAGACAGCCCCGAGUUGCUGCUGCUGCACGUACUACUGCUCCUCCUCCUGUUCCUCGUGGUGGUGAUAAUGAAGGAGGCCUUAUAGCGACGGGAACACGCUGGAUCCGGUGGAUUCGCAGUAUCGAUAUCCCUAGGCCUCCUGGCUUCUAACGGAGCACAGGAUUCGAGGUUAAUAAACUUUUUGUAGCUCUCGAAGAAGCAAAUGGCGCUUCACAUUCCUAAACGUAAUUUAUAGGGCAUGUCUAUACCAGAAGGCAUCCUUUCCCCCCACUUUGGGGCAUUUGACUGAGAGAAGAAGGUUAAAGAGUAUGUAACAAGGCAUAGAAGACAAACUUCUCACCUUGUAUUAUGUGAAUAUUGUGGUUCCCACCAGCCCUUCUGUGGCUUCUUCUUGUUGUGGAAAUGGAUGAGGAAACCAUGAAAGCCCUACUCAUGGACCUGGGCUCAUAGGAGGGAGUUUGAUUCCUAAAAAUUGAUCUUUGUGGACAUGCUGCCUAUGGGUGGUUAAUUUAACUUUUCUCACUUUCUUUCCAACAGGUUUGAAAUUGAGCACGAUUAUGUAUUCCUGGAACAGGAAGAAGCUUACAUGAAAACAACAAAGGAAAAAAGCUAAAGAAAAAUGUAAAUAAAUGUAUAAAAUGUAUAAGAUAUAUAUUAAAACAUUGACUAUGAAGAAAAAUCAAACUUGUAUGUUUUUUCUUUUUAGUAAAGUAUUCGUCCAUUUUUUUAAAUAUUUGUUUUAGUGCUGGCACUGUUUUUAUAAUUUAUUUUAUUGUGUUUUUAUUGCGUUCGGAAUGGCUAACAAGUUUCUUCAUGCUCCACCCGAAUGCAUCCUCACAACACCCCUGUGUGGAAGAUUAUGCUGGGAGAGCAUAACUGGCCCAAGAGAUCUAAACCUGAAUUUUCUGAGUCUUUGUCCUGUUCUUUGACCACUACACUGCACUGGGUUGUCCCCUACAAUAUUUACAUUCUCACAGCGAGGUGAAGGUGAAUUGUUCUGUGAACCCAUCCAAGUGUUUUUCAGGAGAAAAGACAGCCUUUUAGACCAAACUUCACACCAACUUAUGCAUUCAUUUCAUUUUGGUAGAAAUGUUUCAUAUCUGUGCCAUUGUAGAUAUUGACUGAGUUGAAUCCUUAUGGAAUUGUUGUAGUCAGAGAUUAAUGAAUAAUUCUGACAUUUGGCAAGCCAUGAAAGAAAGAAGUGUUCAGUAAGGCCCACUAUAAAUUUGCCUGGAGUAUUUGGGGCAACGUUUCUUUUUUUUUGGGGGGGGGGCAUUUGUCAGAACAGUGCUUAUAGGUUGUAGCCAGAUGGGAUUUUUUUGUGUAAUUGCUGCUGAUAAUAGUGCUAGGAGAUUUCAUACGCCAUACACAUGAUGUGCCACCCACCUUUCCCUUUUAUCAUUUAACUUCCACUUAUUUUCCUGGAACAUAUACAGUACUUCUUACAUUUUAGAUGUACAUUUCACACUGUCUCCCCUUGCAUUACCAGAGUUUGAUUUCAUCUUUUCUUCCGUUGCACACAUUCACACUCAACAUUAGUUUCUCCUUUUUUUUUUAGUUUUAGCAGAAGCUAAAUUUGCUACCUUAUAACAUUAACACUUGGGCUGGAUCUAGACACACCAAAGAAGUGUUUCAGUUAAAUGCUGUAAAUUUAAACAGGGCAACCAGAUAGAGAAAAAACGGGACUCCAUAAUGCCAUUUGGUGGUACAACAUUAUAUCGCAUAUUCAAUGCAUAUAAAUCACUUUUUCUUUACCAAUCCAGCUGAGUCCUAGGUUACGUUAUGAUGUUCUGUCAAAGGGACUCUCCCUCUCCUAUUUUUUUACACACUACGUUGGAAGUAUUGGGGUGUAAUGAAGGGUGUAAAUUUCAUUUUGCCAGAACACAUUAUGAACCUCAAUAUUCUUUGUUUGAAAUACUCCACCGGCUGCUCCUGCUUCCUUUGGCUGAAGACAGUUGAUUCAUGGCUGCAUAUGAAACUCCACAUGCUAUCUAAAAUGACAUUUGACUACUAAAAAGACCAAAAAAUAAAAAUAAAUGAAUCCAAUAUACAGACCUGCCAACAUUACAAUGUCAGGACUUGGCUUACUAGCAGGCCCUGAAGCAAAAAUUCUUGGAAAGUCUUCAGUUGCUACAAAUAGGGAUCCACAACAAAGACUAGUAACUCAGAGCAUGCAGUAGGCCCAAGGUUAAAUCCCUGACACUUCCAGGUAAGUGUGGGAGAGAGCCUUCCCUGGAGAGCUGUAGCCAGUCAGUUUUGAUAAUACUGAGUAAGCUGGAGUAGUGGUCUCACUUGGUGUAGGAAAGCUGCCAAUGUUUCUAUUGUAGUACAUACUCCUCUGCUACUCAACCUUUGCUACUGUGUCCUUCCUUCUAGCAAAUCAAGAUAACCAGGUGACAGCAAAAAUGGCAAUUUCUUUUAGCAGGGGCGAUUAGAAUAAGAUCUAUUAUUUGAUUAUAGAUGUAAACCUCCAGAAUGUAUUUUGUAUUGUUAAGUUUUUACCUCUGUCUUCAGUCUGUUGUAUUUUAUUUUAUUGCUAUGGCUUGUGGCUGUUGCAAAUAGAUUCUUCUGAUUCUCUGGCCCUACCGUUAGGCAGAGGGCGGCAAUUGCUUAAGGUGACAAAUGCUGGGGGCAUUCCUCUUGAAGUAAGGGUCUGCUGCCAGUCCAGUCACUUCUCUUUGUGGAACUACAUGUGUGUAGGAAUGUGCCAUCUUGGCUUCUGCUUUAGGCAGCAAACUGUCUUGGACUGGCCCUGAUCUCCCUGCCACCUAAGAAGUGGAGUCCUUUUAGGAAGUGGGAAAGAGAAAGGGACAUUUUCUCCUUCCCUACAACUCGUGAAACCUCCUCAUGCUGGGCUAUAGGGCUCACAAUCAGGAGCAGCUCAUAGCAGCUUUGUAUUAGAAGGCAAGAUAGUAUAAACCACAGAGCACCAAAGGAGCCAGUUGGCAGAGCCGUCUUUUCCACAGGGCUUAGUGGUGCAUCGCGCCAGGGCGCUGGCCUCUCAGUGGUGCCCCAGCAAGUGGGGGAGCUGCACGGCUUUGCUGGCGGCCUCCCCUUUCCCUGCAUGCCCGCCAGCUGUGCCCUGCCAACCAUAAGGCUGGCGGGUGCGCAACUUCCCUCCCAAGCCUCUGCGGGGAUUGCUCUCCUCCUGAGAAGGCUUGGGAGGGAAGCUGUGCUGUCUCCCACAGAAGCUUGGGAGGGGCGCAACUUCACUCCCAAGUCUCUGCGGGGAUUGCUCUCCCACAGCGGCAUGGGGGAGACUUGCGCCCCCAAUGGCUGGCAGUGCGCAGCUACGGCCACCCCAACACUAUCUGUGGUAAUUUGGGAGAUCUGGGAGGAUAUUUGCACCCCGGUGCUGCAUCUGCUAAAGAUGGCCCUGCCAGUUGGGACUGCCAGUGUCAGAGAUGGAAUGACUGGAUAUAAGAUCAGCAGAGCAAUUGAACACUGACAUCAAUAGAGUUUCUAAGCUCCAUUUGUGCUGGGGGGGGGGGAGGACAGCACCUUUGGGGAUCUGGGGGCUGAGAGCUAAGUGGCACUGAAAGACAGGCUUUCAGGUAGUCGCUGUUGCAAGAAUCCACCCCUCCUCCCAGCUGAAGGUGGAGAUUAGGGGUCAUUUUGAUUAUUAGGGCUGAUGUCUUAAUGGGUCAGGAGACCUGCCAUUCCACCCACCCGCCAAAUGCCUUGGAAAUUCCCUCAUCCAUAAUGCAAGGGAACAUGGAGCUCCAACCACAUGAUGCAGUGUGGAUUCACAUUGAAUGAUUUGCUUCAGAAGUCUACUACACUGAAGUGAAUCUAAUUCUGGGGUCCACUGCAGCACUAAUCUAUGACAACAUAUAUGAGGCUAGUGGAAGAACUAUAGGAGGACCAGCAGCACAUCUCCUCGUUCUGUAGCUUAACAUCCAGAGCUCUAGAAAAGGUGUGGGAAGUUGUGACUCUCCAAAUGUUGUUGGACUCCAACUCCCAUCAGGCCCACCCAGCAUGGCAAUUGAUCAGGAUGAUGGGAGCUGCAGUUCAGCUACAACCGGAGGACUCCAGGUUCUCCAGCCCUGCUCUAGAAGUUAAAUGUCUUUUCCAACAGUGUUUACUUCUGUCCAUAAUGGAUACAUCUUUACAUCUCUGUUUCCCAUCUGUCAAAAGAGCCUGUUGGCAAUAAAAACCUGUGCAAUGUGAAGGGUAUAGAUAGUAAGGUAUUAAGGUAUAAUACUUAACUAAAUACAAUGUAUUUUGUGCCUUAAAGGUCCCAUAGAAAAUACUAACGGAUUGUAAUAUUUUCAUCUGCCAUUUUGUUUUUCAGCCCAGAUGAUCCUGAAAACAUCAUUACAAAUGGAACUUUGGUGGUAAUUAUUCAUUUUCAUAGUCCUUUUCUAUGAAAUGGCUGCUGUAUGCAAACCUUAACCCAUAUUGUCUUGCAGUAAGCAAGUAACACUCUGUGUUGCUUCUGUACUGAGGGAUUAAAUUGCUUGCUUCUACCUAUUUCAGCUCAGCUAAUGCAGAUGGCAUCUGUUGGUUAAAAUGGUUUCAACCAAGUUGCUAUUCCUUCCAGUGGUUCUGUUGUUGUUAUUCACUUGACCCCAUCUCCGACCCCACAACUUGAAUGUAUCAGCCCUUAAUUUUUUUUUUCUUUUUUGCAGAGGUUUGCAAUUACAUAUGUUUUUCUUCUUGUUGUUGAUUAGAAAUUACUAGCCUGAUGAGAACUAUGUAGGCCAUUUAACCACCUGGAUCACACCCUCUUUGGGCUUUUAUGGUUACAUGGAAAGUAGGGUAAUUUGUUAACAUUAAUCAAGCAGGACUAAUAACAGUCAUCAGAGAGCUGUCUGGAUAUGACCAACCGGUUGGGUGACAAUGUAAUGGUCCAGAGCUCUCCCUCCAGCUAUGGAGUACCCAUUGUCUCAGAGAGGGACUGUAGCACAUUAAUACAUCACAUGCUCUGCAUGCAGAAAGCCUCAGGUUCAGUCCUUGGCAUGUCCAGUUCCCACAAUGGAUAGUUUAGGUGGGUUUUCUGUGUUUCCCUCCUUAUCGAGCCAGAUGCACCUCUACUUGGCAGAUUGAAGGAGUGAGAAACAAAGGAGGCAAAGAGUUGAGUUGUCAAUAAAAAGGUUUGGAACAGGGAUGUGUGUCAUAGGAAGGAAGGGCAGAGUAGAAUGAAGGUUGGGAAGACAGCAAGACUGGGAGCUUGGAGGGACCAAGCAGAAUGCUGGAUUUUGUAUACUAAUUUGGAAUAACCAGUCAGAUCUCAUGCUGCAGGUUUGCAAUUAUUUGGUUCCAUUGAUCAUUUUGCUCUUUGUUUCCCCAUUGUUCCUGCAGUCACGAGAAGUUUCAUGUUUGGAAGUUACAGUGGAUAUUGAGAAGCUGAAGGAACAAUACACAGGUGAGGUCAUUGCAUCUUUAACUCGUUAUGUAUUUGUUGCUUUAAAUCAAUAGCUUACAAACACUGGAAGAUAUAUAAUGAUCGCAUCUAUUACAUUUUCUUGACCCUUUACUUGUUUCAGGUUUCAAGGGAUAAAAGAAGAAUUUGAUAAGCUCAUGCCUUUCACACGUGAUAAUGUGUUCAUUUAUUUUGUGGUUAGGUGUCCCUACCUGAGUAAAAACAUUUGCAACUGACGCCACUUUGAAGGUUGUGUUUUUGUGGCACUGUUCAAUAAACUCAAGUACUUUGAGUGGACAGUCCCAAAUAGCACUAACCCAUUUCACAAUGUCUUUAUGACUCAGUAUUUGGGAUUUAUCCAGUUUAGUGAUGUGUCCACAUGGCAGUUUUGAAGGGUAAUGAAUAUCUUCCAAAUGAAUAUCCGGUAUUUACAUUCCACACACAUCCUUUGCUUCAUGUACUGCUUCCUUGCGCAUCCCAUUCAUCCUAUUGGUGGUGAAUGCAGAAUGUACAAGAACAUGUAAUCCAUAUAGCAGAAAUACCUCCAGAAAGAAUUUAUGGGAGGCUACUGUUUGGCACCGUGGGAGUUGCCUUGUGGUGUUCUGCAGGGUCCAUCUUGUUCCCCAUGGCAUUUAAUAUCAAUAUGAAGCCACUGCGAGUUGCUAUCAAGAGAGUUAGCGUCAAGUGCCAUCAAUGUACAGAUGACACCCAGCUCUGUCUCCCUAUUCCAUCUGAAUUGGGAGAGGAGGAUGAGGUGUUAGACCAGGGCCUGGAGGUAGUGAUGGGUUGGUUGUAGGUCAAUAAACUGAAGCUGAAUCCUGAGAAGACAGAGGUGUUAUGUGUCCUGAGUUCUCACAUCUGAGAAAUGCGGAGACGACCUCUUUUGGAUGGGGUUGCACUUCGCUGGAAGGAGCAGGUCCACAGAUUGGGGGUGCUCCUGGAUAAAUCAGUCACUGGAGGCUCAGGUGACCUCAGUGGCUAGGAGUGCCUUUUUCCAGAGCAUGGAGUACAGCGGCCAAAUCAUCUCUGUCACCAACUACUGCCCCUUUGGGACAGAGAUGAUAUGGCCACCGUACUCCAUGCUCUAGAGUCUGAGAGGCAUUAUUCCUUUUUUGUACCUGAAACAUUAGGAUACCUCGCAUCUUGGAUGCUAAUGUUCAAAGUGCCAGAGAGGUGGUGUCUCAAGGUCUCCAGAUUUCUUAUCCACUGCCACCAUUCCUGCAUUUAUUGCCACUGUCACCAGUCCUGGUGAACUGGAAGAGAGCUGUAGGAAUUGGCUAAAGAAUUCUUCUCAAAUGUGAAUUAUCACGAGCUGCCAUUUUCAACACCCCAUUUUACCUGUUGUGCAUGGGUCUCCUCUUAAUUCCCAGGAUUCUGAAUAACUGGAUCAUAGACAAGAUUGAUUUUUGGACAAAACCUUUUUUGAAGCAAGUGAACUAUUUGUGCUUCACUUUUUUUUCUGUUUAGAAGGUGAUUUGACAUUAACAAUAAAGGGUUCCUAUGAGGAAACACAGAAGAUUCCACUGGCUCCAGACACCAGACUUAGUAACAGAACUGUCAUUCAGUUCCACUGUAUCAAGAAUCACCAGUCAAAUUUGGAGAUCAUACUACCUAAGAAGAUGCAGUGGUCAAAGGUAUGUUUCCUUUGAUAAUAGUGCAUAAUUAUUAGUCCAUGGAGGUGCAGGUCAAUUCUGUGUCCAGGGCAGCUGUUUACCAGCCCCAUCUGGUAUGCAGGCUGAGGCCCUACCUGUCCACGGACUGUCUCACCAGAGUGGUGCAUGCUCUAGUUAUCUCUUGCUUGGACUACUGCAAUGCGCUCUAUGUGGGGCUAUCUUUGAAGGUGACCUGGAAACUACAACUAAUCCAGAAUGCAGCAGCUAGACUGGUGACUGGGAGCAGCUGCCGAGACCACAUAACACAGUCUUGAAAAACCUACAUUGGCUCUCAGUACGUUUCUGAGCACAAUUCAAAGUGUUGGUGCUGACCUUUAAAGCCCUAAACAGCCUCAGUCCAGUAUACCUGAAGGAGCGUCUCCACCUCCAUUGUUCUGCCCGGACACUGAGGUCCAGUGCCGAGGGCCUUCUGGCAGUUACCUCACUGCGAGAAGCUAAGUUACAGGGAACCAGGCAGAGGGCCUUCUUCGUAGUGGCACCUGGCCUGUGGAACACCCUCCCACCAGAUGUCAAAGAGAACAACAACUACCAGACUUUUAGGAGACAUCUGAAGGCAGCCCUGUUUAAGGAAGCUUUUCAUGUUUGAUGCAUUACUGUAUUUUAAUAUUUUGUUGGAAGCCGCCCAGAGUGGCUGGGGAAACCCAGCCAGAUAGGCGGGGGAUAAAUAAAUAAAUAAUAAUAAUAUUUAAUGUGGUUUGACUGAAACAAAUAAAGGUGAGUGGGGGAGAUUCGUCACCAAACUCUUUUACCCCCAACGUGAAAAAGCUCUAUUUUUAAAAUGUGUGUAUAUUGUUUUUAAUGUAUACAGCUGGAUUUAGAGGUUUUAGAAACAAAAACAAGGGCUGGAUUCACAAAUUGCAUUUAGCUUUCAGAAGUGGUGCACAUCAGCUUGUGAUAAAUAUGUCAAUGUUACUGUACCUUGGGGUAAUGUAGAAAUUUUGUGUUAAAUUUCUAUACCUUCUUUUAAUUUUUGUUGGUGUAUUUUUAGCUGGCUUCAUUUAAAGGAAACUCAGAAAGUAACAUCUCAGUGGUUUUACCUUUGGAUGAGCUUCCCAUAGAAAAGACAAUAACAUUAAGAAAGGUAAGUGCUUUAUCUUUACGAAAAUAUUGAAUUUAAAUAAUUGUCAGUGAGUGUGGGAAUGCUAUAGCUCAGUUUGCAAAGCCUCUUUUAACUCAAUAGAACUUCUGCAUAAACAUGCGUAUAACUGCACUGUAAGCAAGAUGGAUCGGUGAUCUGCUUCAGUGUGAGGCAACUUCCUCUGUUCCUAAUAUUUAUCCAGAAAAUAAAGCCCAAUUCAGGAGCAUCACUCUGCUUUUUCCUAGCAGAAAGAUGGAUAAAUUUGUGGCAAGUGAGGCCCAAAGAACAUGUAAUUCAGUUGCUAAUCUGUUAAGCAGGUGGGUAUUAAGUAAAUCGUGCCAAUUACCAACAAGGCUAAGCCAGCUGUACUCAGCUUCUCUGAAGGAAUAACCCAAACAAGCAGAAGGUUCAUGAUGUUUGGGUUAUUCCUUCAGAGAAGCUGAGUACAGCUGGCUUAAACGGGCUCUGAGCUAUCCCCCUGCUGUGUUUUGGAAGCGAUGUUAAAGCAAUGUAUUGCAGGUCAAAGGAUUUAGAUGUGCUGGCACACACGCAGUGAAAAUGAUGCCGGACCCAAUCCUUCUAAAUCAUCCAACAGAGGGUGAUGGAUUGAUCCAACAUAAUCUUGGUUGCUGUUUUAUCUGUCUCAGCACAAUGACCGCUCCCUGCUUAAAACGGGGGGCGCCCUUUGUGUGGACGCGCACAGCCCUGGAUCUGGAGCGGCCCCAUCAGCAUAGCCUUGGCUUUGCCUUCCCUCAGGUGGGAUACCUGGAGGUCCCCGCCUACCUCAGUCAGUUGUCCAAUCCCACGUGGGGGUAGCGUUGCCAAGGAGACCAGGCCAGGUAAGGGGAGGGAUUACCUGCCCACACAAUAGAGGGAGGAUCUUACCUGGGAAUCCUCACUUGGCUCCAGAGUUUCUCCCACCCUACCCACCCUCAGUUAAUGUCUUCCUUUGCAGGUUAACUUUUCUUCAUAGGUUUUGCAGGUUAACUUUUCUUCACAGGUAUGCGGGCGCUGCUACGUUAAGGUCGCUGUUAAAGGGCCGGAAAGGAAUUUCCCUGCAUUGGCAGGUUUCGCCUUUCCCGUAGCAAAACGUCACAACUUUGGCGGUAUCAGGCCUUGGGCGGAAUCCUUUAGUCCAUCUUCCUCUUUGCAGCAGCGAUACCAGGGUUCCCCGUUAAAGGGGUUUCUGAAGGGAGGCUUUGACCAUACGCUGAAAGGUCGUCAUUGGUCUCCCCUGCGGCGGCGUAACGGGGGCGGCUAUCUCUGCUUGAACAUAUGUUCUCCAGAGCCGGCCCAUCCCCCCCCCCAGACUGGAUAACCCUGAUGCUCCCUAGGUCCCCGGCUGGGGACUGGGGAGGGAAAACGCCCAAUGCCUGAGCCAAGGUCUACCCACAUUUGAAAUUUAAUAAAGUUGUGGCCAAUUUAAUCCUAUAGCACGUUGUCUUGAGUCGUUAUUCCACAUGACGGGGGGGACCGCUCGGGAUCUGGGGACUCCGCCUGUCCGCUCAAAUGCCUAGAUUUGCAGUAGCAGUCCAGCUGAUCCACAACAGGACUGCUUUGUUUGUCAUGCUGUGCUCUUAAAAGGGCAGAAUAGUUUAUGAUAUGCCUGAGGUUUUACCCAUUCUCUUGAUUUUCAGGACACAACGUUUGAUCUGCAUGUGAAGGCAAAAGACUGGUAAAACAUUGUUUUUCUUUGCCCAUUUCAUCUAAGCUUGUGCAGUUUUGUUUCUUCGUUUCUCAGGAAACUAUGAUUUUGAAUCUCAGAAGUGAGAUCAUUCAGGAACUAAUUCACACACUUUGUUGCCCUUUCUGAAUCUAGAGUGAGUUUCUCUUGCUCCGAUCUAUAAAAAGGCAACCUUAUAACGCUUAAACAUAGAUUAAAUUAACAGGGCAAGGGGAGUCCUAACUGUGACUGAGCAGAAAUGGUACGUUUCAGGAAUGUUUUGGUAACACAAGAAAGCAGUGGUGGGCCUGGGCACUAUGGCACCCUGUGUAAUGCCAAAAUCCUGCCCCCUCCACAUGCUGCCUUCUGAAAGGUGGGCAAGGAGGCACCUGGCUUUGGGAAGGAGGCACGAGGGCCUUACAUGUAAGUUACGUGAAAAAUAUAAUUGUAUUUUUUGUUUUGGUGUUGUUUUGAUUUUGAAUUACAUAUGGAGGGCACCAUAAUCUUUUCAGUGCUCAGGGUAGGGGCGAAGGAAGGCAUCAUGACACCCGGGGAAGGCGUCACGACAGGGCACAUGUGCGGCGUCGCUACGUAUGACGCAUGCACUGUACGUAGCGCCGCCUCACAUGCGCUGUAUAGAGGUUUGCCGCUGGCGCCACUCCAGUGCCAUACGGACGGUGCUGGGAUCCCUCCGGUGCCGCAGCAGCCACGAACACGCCUGUAGCGGCGCUGGAGGGAUCCCAGCACCGUCCAUACAGCGCUGGAGCAGCACCGGCAGCAAACUGCUAUACAGCACAUGUGCAGCGUCGCUACGUACAGCACAAGCGUGCAAUGCCAUACAUGCGCUGUAUUUAGCAGUUUGCUGCCAGCGCUGGGAUCCUCUGCUCGUGGCUGCAGCCACGAAUGGAGUCUCCUCCAAAGGCGGCUGCUGUCGCGCGAUGGCUGCUCACAUCGCCGUGAGCCCCCAUGGGGUGACUUCUUGUCACCCCCGCAGGCAUGGAACCUGGGGUGUACCACCCCCCAUGCCCCCCAUUGCGGCGUCACUGGCUCAGGGCCUCUAAGACCGCCACUGCUGAUGUACUGCACUAUAGGUACUGCACUGUUGAUGUAACUGCACUAUAGGUGCAAAAGUCAGAUUAGCUUUAGUAAGACUAGAUAAAUAUAGUAUAGAUGAUUUUGGAGCAGCCUUUUGUAUCACACAACUGGCUGCUCCAUUUUACCUGCAGUCUCAUCAUUGUUGUACCCUUGGCAAGAGCCAUAGUUACAUUCUUGUUGGAGGUGGCAUCCUCGUGGAUUUAGGGAAAUGCGACCAGUUUGGUCCAGUUUGGUUGCACUGGGCGUGGAGCCUUGAGGGCACCUUGGAGGUGCCACCACUAUGAUGUAGAAUGGAAGGAGAGAGGUGUGUGAGCCAAAUUUUGGUGUCACACAGGGCUGCCACUGAAAGUUGAUACUCCAAGGUCCACUCCUGCUCAUGAUAUUCAACUAGGUCAACUAUGCAAAUCAUCUGAAUUGCGAUUUUGGAAGCAAUGCUAAAGCAAUGUAUUGCAGGUCAAAGGAUUUAGAUGUGCGCCUGGCCUAUGACUUGUGUGCAGAAGAACAAAAUUUCCUUACCAAGAGAAGGAAAUAUGUUGCUACAGCUGUGAAGAAGAUCCUCCAAUUAAAGGAAAAGCUGCAGGAUGAUGAGGUAGGUGACGCAGGAUCUUCUCAUUUCCCUCUUUCCGCAAGAAGGUUAGAGUAACCAGCUAGCUCCAUCAUUCAUGAACUAGCGCUAGAUAUCUUGGGGCAGGCUGCAACCUAGGAAUGGAGGAAAAAUUCAGGGGGGUUUUGCAUUCGAGAUUGGACAAAAUGAGAAAAGUAGAGUGGAUAGAUUUGUCCAUUCCUACUGCCUUCUGCUGUUUAAGAAUGAAGACACUACAAGCUGAGUUAAUGGUCAAUUAAACUUUAUUCCUGAUGUUGCUUAGGAGUCUGCACAGAUCAGAAACUAACUUCUCUAACCAUGCCACAUCUCUGAGUCAGCUCUCCAGAAGCUGGCCUCCUGGGUCAUAGCCAUUUCUCUUGAAAGGAUCACAUGCCAGAUAUUUCAUUAUAAUGGUUUAUCAAGACUUGUGGUUCAUAGGGUGGAACACACAUUGAUGCAAAGAUGCCCAGUUCCACCCAAAGCUUCUUCUGAUGCAGUUGUAUCCUGUACGGGCAGUGGAAGAACAAGAGGGAAACAAUAUGCUGUUUGCUUCACCUUACUCAAUGCACAUAAUAUUCUGGACUGCUAAUAUUAUGCUUAAUAUGUUAGGUAACUUCUAUAAACCUUUGUCAAUGCUAAGUGCACAUGACAGUACCAGUGUUGCAGAGCAUCUGCUCUAUCUUUUCUUUCACAAACAUGGUACUUUUGGAAUAAGGUCCAGCAGCUUACUGUUCGUUCUCUGCUUCUGUGUGUUAAACAGUUGCCUGUGGUGGCAAUCAUGACAACAGGUGGUGGGACCAGGUCAUUUGCAGCAAUGUAUGGAAGCCUUCUGGGUCUGCAGAAACUGAAUCUCUUAGACUGCAUUACGUAUCUCACAGGCUUGUCUGGCACAACAUGGUAAGGAGGGCUUUUCUUCAAACUUACUAUAUUUUGUAUGCCCAAUUCAGUUUGCUGUUUUAUGUGGUUGCCCAGUAUUCAAGACAAUGCUUAAAGCUUUCCAUGCUACCAGUACUACCUACGUCACAGGAGAAAAUUCCCUUUUAAAUAACUGUGUUAUGAUUGAUAUUUACCUUGUGCUUUAUGAAAAAUAUAGGGCUACAAGGCUUUGCAGGAACAGCGAACCCAGAUUCACUGGGGGCAGAGGGCAUAAGAACCAAUAAUGACAUGGCAACAGCUUGGGACUGAAAUGGCCACAACUUUAUUGAAUACAGAUAUUAGUAGGCUUUGGUAUAAGCAUUGGGUAUGCAUCCUGAAUCAGUCUAUCCUGAUUGCUGGCUGAUUGCUCCUUAAGGGUCAAUCCUAGGUUAAAGCAACCCUCCCAUAAUGCAGAUCAAAUGGGGUGAACUGCCAGGCCACCACGUGGGAAGCCUUUUGGCCCAUUAGCCCCUGUCUGGGCCUUUGGACAAACCUUUCCCCAUAGACUUCUUUACCAGAGUACCAUAAACAGUAGUUCCAGUUUAGACUAAGGAUCCAACCCAAUGCCUUUUCUGCCAGAAGGUUGUGGCAGGUGCUAUGAGGUAUGCAAAAUCUCCAGACAGGCAAAAAUCCUUCCUGGUCCUAAAUACUGCAUCUGAUUAAUUCCACAACAAGGUCAAACAUGUGCUCUGUUAGCUUGCCUUUGUGUAAGGCCAAGAUAUACCAGGUGGGCAGAUGGGAUAUCCAUUGCUGAGUGCUCUGCCCACUCCUGGCGCAGCCAGAAUGUAACGUGUGGAGGCAGACCUGAGUGGAGAUAGGCUCCCUCAGGUCCUUCUCCACAACCGCACCCCCUAGACUGGCAAUGGUUGGCCAUUUUGCAUUUGAAAUUCUGGUGGGAAGUCCCAGAAGACCCUGUGACCAGCUGAGGCUGAAUAACACAACCGGUGGUCAACCCCUGGCUUCCUCGCAGCUGUGCCAGUUUGCAAUUGCCGCUGCCGCUGAUAUGAUAAGCAGUCUUUUCAUUAAUCAGCUAGAUCAUUCGGUCUGAAACUUUUUAAUUCACAAAAAUGCAGCUGAUUAAGGCAUCAUUAGGAUUUUUAAGAUAAGUGCUCAUAAAAACUGCAGAUGGCAGGCACAUUCUCUAAAUAGGCAUUCACCAUUGUCACACAGCUUAGAAAAAGAGAAAAGCCCCUUUCACUACAAGAGUCUGUCCGGCAGUGACCCUUCAUCUAUGGAAUACCCUACCCUGAGAGGCUUAGCUGGUGCCUACUUUAAUAUCUUUUUGAUGCCAGGCAAAGUUCCUCCCCGCAGCCCAUUUAAUAUCUCUAGUAUCUUUGAACACCAAUAAUCUGCAUCUGCAGAAUGAUGACAAUAGCAUAACCUCUAACAUUUCGCCGAUGAAAAUAGGGACGUCCCAUUCUGUGAUGAUAAUUUUACUAUUUAUACCCCACACAUCUUACUGAGUUGUCCCAGCUACUCUGAGCAGCUUUCAACAUAUAUAAAAACAUAAUAAAACAUUAAACAAUAAAAAACCUUCCAUAUACAGAAUUGCCUUCAGACGGCUUGGGGGUCAGAUAACUCAAUACCCUCCAACAUUUGUCCAAUGAAAAUAGGGAUGUCCUAAGGAAAAGUGGGACAUUCUGGGAUCAAAUAAGAAACUGGGAUGGCUUCUCUAAAUCAGGGAUGUCCCUGGAAAAUAGGGACAUUUGGAGGGUCUGCAAUAGUUGGGCUGAGGAUUGCUGGAUUUGAUUUACCUGUCUCUAUUGAGUUUCAGCACACUUAUCUGGAAACAUAAUUUAGUUAUGGAUACUUGUUUUUAACAUUUGCUGCUUUUAUCUGUAGUUUAUUGAUUAUUGUUUUAUAUUAUUAGAGAGGCUUUUUAUUAAGCAGUUUUUAAAUUAUUCUAAAUAAAUCAACAUAAAUUAAAAAAGUAUUGUUGUACUAUUACUGGAUUGGUUCAUUGAUUUAGGGUAGUAUGAUUGAAUGGCUCUAUUUUUUUAAAAAGUCAUUGUUUCACUGUGUAUGUUGCUUAGCCAAAAAAUAAAAUAAAAUAGGUGACUCAUGAAUUAAAUUAAUAAAAUAAUGUUAAAUAAUACAUGUGUGCCUGACCUAAAUAAAAAAAUACAUGUGUGAAUCAUCUAAGCCUUUUGCCUGCCAGGAUGAAGGUGUGUGUGUUUGUGUGUGUGUAGAAAUCUCUGACGUUUUUGUGCCUGAAGUGUAGCCUACUGGACAAAGGUAAGAGCUAUAACCAUUGAUCCUCCCACUUUUACCUCUGGCCAUGCCCAUUGCUGGCACCUAGUCCCUGGGAGAUGGCUCAUGGAGGUUUGUGGCCUUCAAGCAUUGAAAAAGAUUACCCACUUUUGAUCUAAGUAUACUUAUUGUUUCUGAAAAAUUGUUUUUAUUCAUAUGCAGAUCUAUGCAAAUUUAAUUUAUAGAGUAAUAAACUAAAAGCACAUUUGAAAUGUUUUUUUUUUUAAAUUAUUUGGCUUGCAGCUCUUAUGAAAAGCUAGAGUUUGUCUCUCUCUGAACUUGAGGUUUCUAUGCUAUUAGUUGCAUAUCAGUCUGAUAGUAUCUCUCAAAACUCAGGACUAUGGGAAAUUUGUAUGAAGAUGCUGAUUGGUCCCAGAAAUACCUGGAGGAAGCCAUUCUCAAAGCCCGGAAGCAAGUGACAAAGUCCAAGCUUAACUCCUUUUCCAUGGAUAAGCUGAAGUAUUAUUAUAAUGAACUGAAACAAAGAAGCGAAGAAGGACACAACACUUCAUUCAUAGACCUCUGGGGGCUUGUCAUUGAAUCCAUGUUACAUGAUGAGGUAACUGUUGUAUUCCCCACCUCCCUUCCAUUUUGAAACAUGGUGGUUAAUCAAAGGAAAAUGGAGGUUUAUACACAACAGAGGAGGAAUGCAAAGAGAAUAAUAGGGGAAGGUCUGGGAGCUAUUAACCUCAGUGGUGGAGUGAGAGUAUUAAGAGGUGUAGGCAGAGCCACUACACCACGGGAAAUGUUCUUGAUGGGACAGGAUCCAAUAAUGACAAGAGCACCCAAACUCAACAGUGAGGGGCUCAUCAGGUGUUUCCUGAGGAUCACAGGGCACUUUAUUUCAUAGAGGGCACUGUAUUUCAUACUCCUGUGUAGAACACACUUAUGCUUUUAAUGUUGCCCUAGUUUUCAGCUGCAUUUCCCCCUGCAUUUCAAUGUUUUGAUAUGUAUUUUAAUAUUGUACGCUGCCUUGAGACUUGACAUGGAAGCCAGUACAGUGGUACCUCGGGUUACAUAUGCUUCAGGUUACAGACGCUUCAGGUUACAGACUCUGCUAACCCAGAAAUAGUACCUCGGGUUAAGAACUUUGCUUCAGAAUGAGAACAGAAAUCGUGCUCCGGCGGCACGGCAGCAGUGGGAGGCCCCAUUAGCUAAAGUGGUGCUUCAGGUUAAGAACAGUUUCAGGUUAAGAACGGACCUCCGGAACGAAUUAAGUACUUAACCUGAGGUACCACUGUAUAGAAUUGUUUCAAACAAAUAUAAUAUAACAAUAUAAAAAUGUGUGCACAUGAUGGCCAAGGCAUGCAUGCAGACACAUAUUCAGAUCUUAGAUUCCAUCUCAGUUUUAAACUAAUGAAUCUAUAAUUUUGAUCACCGUUGUUCUUCUCUCUCAUUUGCAGAAAGACAAUAGUACAAUCUCAGGUCAGCGAAUGGCUGUGAAUGAGGGUCAGAAUCCCUUGCCCAUUUAUUUGACUGUCAACCUUAAAGACCAGUACAGUGCUCAAGAUUAUAAAGGUAAUGUUGCUAUUAUAAAUCAAUAAGGGGUCCUCUUUGUUGUUCUACCAACCCCAGAAGCUCAGGGAAAGCAGUGGCGGCCCAGGAAAAAUGCUUAGCCAGCUCAAGUAUGGAAACACCUGUCUUUGUGGUUAGAGUGACUGUACUGGUAUAUAAUUGUGUGUAAACAGAGAUUGGAGUUCCAUCCUCUAAACACUUUCCAAAUUGCUUGCUGUAACCUUUCCUGCUUCGGCAAGAAAUAAAACUCUACUUUUAGAGAAUUCUUGGGCAUCACUUGUUGCUGCUAGCGAGUAAAAAGAUUUGGCUGUGCAAGUCUCUUUCCCCACAUCAGUAGGGGAAAUCGAACUCCAUUUUGUUGUCUUCACAGAGUGGCUGGAGUUCACACCUUACGAAGUGGGGAACUUCAAAUAUGGAGCCUACACCCAUUCAGAAGAUUUUGGUAGUGAGUACUUCAUGGGACGACUGAUGAAGAAGCUUCCAGAAAGUCGAAUCUGCUUCAUGCAAGGUGCUGAGGGCAGGGGAGGAUCAAUUAGAAAGAAAAUAGUAGUUUAGACAAAGUAGAGCUAGGAUCAAUUCACUUGCCCCAGCACCCAAUCAUUUUCUUGUAGUUCCCAAAUGUCUAAAUCAGUUUUGUUUUUUGUUUUGGCUUCACUGGCAAAGCUACUUCAAGGAAAGUUGAUGUACUGAGUUAUGUAGGCAACACAGUGCAGUAAUAUUUUACACAACACAUUUAAAUGCAGUGUGAAGGUUUACACGGAUAAUUGUUCAGAUUAUUGUGAGUUAUUCUAAAAAGCAAAUAUUUCUCCCUAGUUUCAGGUUUAGUUUGGUUUAUUAUUUCUAUCCCACUUCAGUGUUACUUGGUUUUUUGAUGAAAAGCAAGGGACAGUGAUGAUCAAUAGUGUAUUCCAAACCAGUCGUAUGUGAAUCUUGACUAGGGUGAUCAGAAGCAAAGGAGGUCAGAACUAUACAUUAAAUAACUGAGGGCACAAAGACAUGUUAGCAGGUGGAGCUCAUCACGUGUUGCAAUUCUCUCUGCUGCACAAUUAGAAACUGGCAUAAUUUCCUUAGCUCAAUUUAGAAUCCACUAAGCUUUCUUAGUGAGCAUUUGGGCAUGUGUGUUUGUUUUCUGAGAGAAUAUAUGGAGCAAAUAUGCUGAUGCGACUGCCCAGAUGCAUGGGUAACCAACAAGGUGCCCUCUAGAUGUUGUUGGGCCCCCAUGGGAGUGGUAGCCCAACAACACCCAGUUGGUAUCACAUUGCUUACCCUGGCUUUGUGUAUUGUUCCCUGGUCAUUGUCCCCCCCCCCCCUUCUCAAAACAGAUAUACACAUGAACAAGAUGAUGUUUUGGACAGGAUGGGGGACAAUAACCAUAUGAACAUUUUCUAGCAAUGACCCCAUUACAUCCACACUACAGGGCUGAGAUCCAUAGCCCUUGCAGGAAUCCAUUUCCCAAAGAGAAUUACAAAACAGUUUUUCAGGCUGAAACCACAUUUCACAACUCUGGAUGCCUUUAUACAAUUAGUGAGCUCCAGUGCAAGGCAAAAUACCCAUUUCCUUCCAAAGCUUCACCUGUUUAGUAUUUUGAAAUCUCUUCCAUUUCACAGGGAUGUGGAGCAGCAUAUUUUCCAUGGAUUUCAUGUAUUUCUGGAAUUUGGCUCAUAACUCUGAAGACUUUUGGAGCAGGUGGACAAAAGACAAAGUAGAAGACAUUGGUAAUGUGACAUCCUUGCUUCUUUUAGAUUUUUCUGUUUUGUAAAAUAAUUGUUGACACACUCCUGUUUGAUAACAGAUUUGCGUAGACUAAUUACUUGUUCCAGUAAAAGGAGACAGAAAACAUUAUUGUUUGAUUCCAUUAAAACAAAAAAUGCCCAACCAAGAAAGUAAUCAGACACAGGAGAAGACAUUGAUCCAGACAAAAAACCAGGCCCAAAUUCUCCCAGUUCCCUUGACAACUAGUGUGAGAGACCAAAUCUACUUAAAACCUAGUCUAUGGAGGGUUUUUACCUUUCCGGCGUGUUCAGGCUAUGUGCAACAACAGCUCAUGAAUAUGUGUAUUUAAGAUGCUUUAUUUAUUAAUUGGAGGUAUUUUUAAUCCACCCUUCACUUGAUUUUGGUACAUACCUCAAGAAUGAAAGCAUCAUUAGCAGUGUAUAAUUAAUUAAUCAUCAGCAACAUUAGUAAGACUCACAGAAAAAUCACCAAAAAAAAGUUCAAUCAAUGUGAGGCAAAAUAUAGCAAUUCUUGAUCCUCAAGAGCCUAGACAAAGAGGUGUAUCCUUGUCUGAAAUGAAACAAAACAGUGUUGGAGCAUGGCACACCACAAAGUGAUAGCUAUUCCAGAAGUGUUGCCACCACAGAAUAUUAUUUGUGGCAGUGCUUGCGGUCCAAAGCUAUCUUAGGUUUUAUUCCUAGCACUUUAUCGCUUCUGACCAUUGGUCCAUCAAGCCUAGUUUUUAUUUUCUGUUUGGACUGGCAGUGGUCUUUUGAAAUCUUGGGCAAGAUAUCCUUAAAUCCUUUUACUGAAAGGGCUGAACCUGUGACCUUCUGCAGACAAAAGAGGUGCUUUUUCACUAUGUUAUUGAUCUUCCUCAAGCCUCUGUGAGCAAAAUGUCAUUGUUAUCAAGGGGCAUUAAACAUCCCUUAUGUCUUUUGCAGAUGCUUCUCUUUCACCCUCAGGACCACGAGAUCUGGAAACCCGCAAAAUCACCCCCCAGGGCCAGCUAUCUUAUGGUCUCCGAGAUGUCUUAACAGGACGCCCAACAAUAGCAGAAUAUCCCAAUUUCCUGAAAGGCUUCCAGUUUCAUGAGGAAUACUUGAAGAAUGAGCACUUUUCUGCGUGGAAAGGCACAGUAAUAAACCUACAUUUGUGGUGAUAUCUUGUUGGCUUCUCAGUUGUCACUCAAUAUACAAGAACAUUUGACUCAGGAAAACGAGUAAUCUAGUUUUGUGUUAAUUAAACUAGGAAUUCAUUGUGUGGCACAAGCAGUUCUCACCAAAGAAUCACUUCCAUUUGAACCUGGCAGCUUGCUCCACCAAAGACAUUUUGGAAGAUUCAGAAUACAAGGCCAAAGAGGCUCAAAGAGGCUGGAGAACCAGUGGAAAAUUAUGCACAAAACAGCUGUGGUGAUAUUUCACUGGUUAUGUGAUUGAUUUGUUGCCACUUUUUGCCUUACAUUUCAUAGUUAACCCUAGAAAAAAAGUUCACAUUUUCAGUUACAUACAUUUCUCACUCUUUGUGUCCCAUAUAACUUCUUCCAACAUUUUCAGGGGUGAAUAGCAGUGUUUGCUGGGAAUGGGAGAAUCUCCCCAAUUUGGUUUCUCAUUUCCCAGCCUUUUCAGUACGCCACAUUUCAGCAUGUUUGCAUAUUUUUAAAAAGGAAAUUCCUCAUGUUUCCUUCAAAAAACCCCUCCGAAAUAAUUAAGGACAAUAAAGUAACAUUCACAAUACUAUUUAACAGCUAUGUUGGAAGCACUAAUACACAAAGUUUGGAUGAAAUUAGAGGACAUUCCUUUAUUUUUUGCCUUGGGAGCUUUUGUUGUUUUUGCACAAAGUUGACCUGCAAAUUUGCUUUUCAGAUACUGUGGUGGAUGAUUACCCUAACCAGCUAAUGGAAACAGCAGAGCAUGCUCUGUCUCUGGUGGAUACUGGAUUUUUCAUCAAUACCAGCUACCCACCCCUUCUGAGACCUGAGAGAAAAGUGGAUCUUAUACUGCAUUUAAAUUACACUGGGGGUUCACAGACCUUGGUAAGAUCUUUUAAUUGUUCCUGUCUUUCUUCUAUAAGCUCCUAUGCAAAGAUUAAAAUGCAACAGGCGCACACUGUGGACUGGCCAUCUUUCAAAUCCUACAAAAGUCAUGCAGGAUUUGAACAAAGAUAUACAACAAUGUUCUUGCAGCACAAUGCUUUCUGCUUUCUCAAUUGAAAUCUCUCCCACCUCCCCACAUGUUUGGAGGUUUCCGCCAGCUCUCCGGAGCACAUGUGGAAAGAAGAGGAGGGAAAAUGCCAUUACAUAAGUGGAAACCCUUAUACAGAUGGAGCGAGUUACUUAGAUGCCACUCUAGGCUGAAACAGACUUUGUUGGUGCAGCAUUAGUUUUGUGUUGUAUUUGAUUUUCACAGCCCAUUUCUUUGUGAUUUCUCACCUAGAAUUUAGACCAGUUUUCCACUUAUAUUGCUAAGCUCGGAAUCCCAUUUCCCAACAUGGAGCUCAGUGAGGAAGACAAGCAGAACCUGAAGGAGUGCUAUUGGUUUGCAGAUACAGAUAACACAGCAGCUCCUAUCGUGCUCUUUUUCCCACUGACAAAUGAUACUUUCAGAAAAUACAAAGAACCUGGUAAGUUGCGAAAAGCCACUGAGCUUCCCAACAUCACAAUGACUAGUCACACUCCAAUAAUGCUCUUCGCUGACUAGACACUCAAGUAUUCCUUUGGUCAAAUUGUUAGUCUUUCCAUGAGCACCAAAUCCUAUAAGUAGAAGUGCACUGAACCACAACUUUACAGGUUGAUUGUAUCUGGCCUAGUUUUGAGCACAUGGUAAAGUGUCUUUGCUCUACAGCCAGGUCUUAAUUUUAUAAUGACCAACAUGCAGAUGCCUUUGUCAUGGUGCACUGAAUUGUCUGCAUGUGUUAUAAAGCAAGAACUUAGGAGAAUGGUGGAGCAAUGAUACAACAAUGCCGACCUACCAAUGAUACAACAAUGUCAAAGAAGGGUCAAACAAAGGUCUCUAUUUUAGCACAUAUUCCACCCAUUUCCCUCAAGGUGGCCAUUUUGUGGUUGAUAAGCUUCCUGUAAUUAGGGUUGUCUCUAUAUCUAUCCACCAACAUCAUAGAAUUGUAGAGUUGGAAGGGGCCAUGAGAGUCAGGGGAUCUUUUGCCUAAUGCUGGGCUUGAACCCAUGACCCUGGGAUUAAGAGUCUCAUGCUCUACCAGCUUAUCUUACAAAUGGUGGAUGUGCAAAAUUGUAUACUGGUAAAGUGCUGGCACUAGUUCAAGGCUCAAUAGCCUUGUAGGUAAAGUUAAAGGACCCCUGGACAGUUAAGUCCAGUCAAAGUUGACUAUGGGGUGCAGCGCUCAUCUCACUUCAGGCCCAGGAAGUUUUCCAGGUCAUGUGGCCAGCAUGACUAAACUGCUUCUGGCACAAUGGGACACUGUGACGAGUGCCAGACUGCAUGUAACUGCCGUUUACCUUUCUGCCGCAGCAGUACCUAUUUAUCUACUUGUACUGGUGUGCUUUCGAACUGCUAGGUUGGCAGAAGCUGGGACAGAGCAACAGCAGCUCAUCCUGUUGUGCAGAUUCGAACCGCCGACCUUCCGUUCGGCAAGCCCAAGAGGCUCAGUGGUUUAGAUUACAGCGCCAUCCGCUCAAAUAAUAUAGUCUACACUGUUUCCCAUCCCCUUGACUCUCUGGAAAGUGAGAAGGAGACACAGGGAGCUGUGUAGGUGGAAGACUCUGAUCAUAAAAUGGCCACUUAGGUGAUUUUACUUGAGUGAGUUCAUUGCCAGCCUCUGGUUCUCAACAAAUGGCCCAUCAAGCUGACAGCUGGAGCUGUCAUAUUUAUUUUGGGCAAGCUCUGGUGUGAUUUCAUGCUGAGUUUUAUAUGCCUUUAGAGUAUUCGUACAUUAUAGGAAGAUGUAGUAUUUAAGCAAGGCCAAUAAUAUUACCCUUCUUAGAUUAACGUGAAUGGAUGAACUCUGCUGUUUUGGCCUAGAGAUGAAAACCUUACUGGUGAAACUCUUGUUGGUGUUCUUUCUACAGGUGUGGAACGCAACCCCACAGAUAUGGAAGAAGGCAAUGUGGAUGUCUCUAGCUUUCAUUCCCCAUUUGCUACAAGAGAGGUGACCUUUUCAGAGGAGAAUUUUGACAGAUUGGUGAAACUGACUGAAUACAACAUCCUGAACAAUGAGAACAAGAUUGUCGAAGCCUUGCGUGUAGCUGUGGAGCGGAGAAAAAAGUGGAAAUUAUGA